AGAUUGCCUCCACGUAGUUUUGCCAAACAGGAAAUGUCUGGACAGCUGGCGACUCACUGUGCACCGCCUAGCGCCCACAGCCCCCCAGGCUGAUAAGUGCUUUGACAGAGGUGGGAAUAUUCAUUCACGGCUGAGACUCGCCAUAUUCUCAACAACCCAGAGAGCUGUAAAGUUGUAUGAAGGAACACCACCCUGGUGAUUCAGAGCAGCAGUAACUCAGUUUAUGCUACACUUUGAUGCGCCCUGGCGCGGUCAGGCGCUCAACAGAAGGUGAGCGCACAUGGGCGAACAUUUGUCCGUUUUGAGUGAGUAAUCGAGUAAAGUAAGUGUGAAAAGUUCAACAAGCAACAGAAGAAUAGGAGGCGGAAGCUAUGUCUAAUUCCGGCAUCUUUCAGGAGAACGCACCGAGGUCCUCUGGAGGGGCACGUGGAAAGAGACCACCGGAUUUGGAGCUGUCGGAGACCACGUUUUGCGCGCCUGAUCCAGAAACACCAGCGGGAAGCGACGGGUUUUUCCAAAGAGACAAAAUGUCUGAGGAAGGAAACACUCCAACGGAGGUGCCCCAUAUUCACCUCCACCCGUACGUUUCUCAUCCCCGCAUGUCCGUGCGGAUGUCGGUGUACAGCACCGGGGCGCGUCCAGCCCUCACCCUCUCCUACAUCCAAGGACGCGUGUAUAACUUUCUGGAGAGGCCGUCUGGUUGGAAAUGCUUCUUGUAUCACUUCAUAGUGUGAGUGUUUUUUAUUUUCCUAAUCAUCCGCAUCCAUUGGGUAUUCAAGGAUAUAAUUGCAACUCUAAGAUGCUUAUUAAACAGGGAGUUAAUUGCGCAUGUAGAGCCUUGGAAGCCCUCACUACAAAGAAGUGUUAAUCCUGUGAUUUUGAGAAAGAUGCUGCACAGAUAUCACAGCACAACCCGAGGUCCCCGCAGGAAUAUUUUAAAGAUGUUUAAGUGUAGCUAUGGCAGAUUAAAAAAUGGAAUAUAAUUCAUCACAGAAGAGAGAACCAAAGUCAGAAUAUGUCCUCCUGGGAGUAGUAAAGGAGUAUUAUCCAUAUCUUUCAUUUGGGGGAUAGUUUUCCUCAGCUCUAUUGAACAUUUAAUUUGCCUGAACAGUGUGAAAGCAGAAACUCCAAAGUGUCCUCCUCUGCAUACAAAGUGACUAAAACAACAGAACUUAAAAAACAAGCAGACAGGAGGUAUUUAAGUAUGACAGGCUUACACAAGAAACUGGUUUUAUUGAGUAAAAAAGAAAUUAAAGUCUGUAAUGAACAUAAAUCCUCAGUGUGGGUACAUUUAUCUGCCAAAUCCCCUAAACCAUGAAGAUGUCACUUUAAGGUUCACCCACCAAACUUGAUGUGACAGUUCUGUCAGUUUGCUUCAAUGUCACUUUUUUGACAGAUGAAAUGAAAGUGAUGAUAGAUAUCUGUCUUCACAGUACUGAUGUUGGGCCAAAAGAUGCAUUUCACUGUUUUCUACUCUUGGUAUGACCCCUGUCAAUCCAGUAGAUCCAAAGUGAGUGGUCCUGCAGAGAUUUAGGAAUGUAGGAUAUGAUCCCCCAUGCCUGCUGCCUGUCCCUACUCGCUGGCACUGAUAGCAGGCAGCUAAACUUGGCAGCAUGUGUGAGCUGUGCAGGAGGCAGCGGCCCUGUCUGGCGCUGCCACCCUGUGACCCCGCAGUGUCGGAGGGGACGCAGGGGAAUGCAGCCUGUCGAAGCAGGUUAGAUUCUGUGUGACUCAAAGGGAGCAUGAGCCAACACAGUGCAACUCAAAUAGGUUAAAGCUUUACCAAGGAUAACAGCGCGAUGCACGCAAACUCAGUCGCUGGUGGCUACUAUAAGAGCAGGAGAAUCUUUUAAGUGUUAUAUCAUCUGAGUGCAUGUCAGGUACAAACCAGCAAGAUUAAGGGCUUUCUUUUGAAGGCCACACUACAUACUGUUUCCAAGAAAGCUGACUCUGCAUGUAGCAACAAGACACAGCAGAAAGCAGCUCUGGAAAUGUUAAAUCUACAUGUUUUCACAAGCGCUGGCUGUGAAUCUCUCUUCUUUAUUAUUUGCACUUGUGGUAAUUGGUAGGUCUGUUGUUCUGUCAUUAACUUAAAGCAGGUUCUCACGGUUUGCGAUUGAUUUUGCCAUGACUGACAAGUUUUUCUGUCACGCUCGCUCAGCCAAGUUGGGACUUGUUUUCCCCCAGAAGAGCUCUCUGUUUGUUUGCUUUAAAACAUGGUUAAAGGUCACUGCGGCACAAAAAUGCUUAAAGAUGUCAGUUACACAUCUGUUUGGGAUAAAUCCUGAGUGAUCAGAGUCUGCCUCCUUGCUGGGUGAAGCCACUCCGAAAACAGCACCCUCUGUUGACGGGCUGCAGUAUAGGUCAUAAAUCCCACCUCCUCUAGCAAAGCUUAUGGAGCUGUGGACAAACUUUAGAAAUUUAUUACAGAGAACAUAAAUUUUUCUCCCUCUUGCUUGUGAUGUUGACAUGUAGUUACAGUAGUCCUCUUUUUUCUGUGAAGCUCCAUUUUUAAAAGUUAUUAGGGGGUUCAUGUUUUCUAUGAUUUGACACCUGAUACAGCCUAUGGGCGAUCAGGGAUUGCGUAGCUCACCCGGGGGAGACGCUGUUUGAGCUGAGCAUCAUCACAGGGACUCUCGGCGACUGCACGGCCGAAUGCGUGCAUCACUACUGCGCAGUGCUGGUUUCAGGAAAUGAAGAAAAAUUCCUGAAAUACCGAGAGCUUUUCAGCUUCAAAUCUGUAGACUGGCGGUAGGCGGAACCAAGUUGUCCAUAGUAUAUACAGUCUAUGGUCACAACCAUGAGACAUCCUCAUUUAAUGUCUUGGUGUCAGGCCAUGUCUCUUUAACUUUUAACUUAUAUCGUAAAUUCUCACACUGUGUGCGGUUGUGUGUGUGUGUAUGUGUGGGUGAGUGGGGGUGGGUGUGUGUCUUUGUGUGCGUCUGGGUCCAUGGGGGAAUGUGUGGGUGAGUGGGGGUGGGUGUGUUGUUUUGUGUGUGUGUGGGUCCAUGGGUGAAUGUGUGGGUGAGUGGGGGUUGGUGUGUGUCUUUGUGUGUGUGUGUGUCUUUGUGUGUGUGUGGGUCCAUGGGUGCAUGUGUGGGUGAAAGGGUUGGGUUUUUGUCUUCACUGUUGUUUUCAGCCUCUGUGAGGCACUUUGAAUUGCAUUUCCUUAUGAAUGAAAAGUGCCAUACAAAUAAAGCUGAAUUGAAUUGAAUUGAACCUAAACUUUACUAGUAUGAAAGUCUGAGAUAGGACAAUAUCCCUCACCUCCUUGUUAUUGAUGGAGUAUUUUACAAAAAGUCUGAUUUUCCAAUUUAUCCUAUCAUUUAUUUGAACAAAUAUGGAAAUAACUUGUUUUUUAUGCUUGAAAAUAUAAAUGAAACUUGAUCUUAAUUUAAGAAAAUCUCAUGGUUGGUUGUGGGAUAAAACUGUGAGGUAGUAAAAUACAAACGUGCGCUAAAAUUUUGACUUUUAUCCCAUAAAUGUGACCCACAAUCUCAAAAUUAUCAUCUCAUAAUCAUGACCUGUCAUAUUUAUGUAGAGCUGAGUCCUCCAGGCACCUUUUCAUAUCAAACAAUUAACCCUGGCUGGAAGGGGCUCUCAGUAGGCUGCCCAUGUUGCAUUUCAGAGCAGGCUUUUUAUGCCUUGUGAUGCCUUGUCUGUAAUGUGUAACACAUGGAGUUACAAAGAUGGGUCAAAGUUGUUCCUCCUCUGACCCUUCCUCAGAGUUGGUAACAGAGAACAGAUGCUGAACAGAGCGGGUGGGAGGCCUGAGGCACUAGUGGGAGAGCUAGUCGGAUGCUGUAUGUGUGCGUCUUUGUGUGACUAUUUUUCAAAGCUCCAAAGUUUCACUCACGCAUCCCUCACUUGCAACAUUCCCCUGUGUCUUAGCUCUGCCCACCAGGGAAUCCACAGAGAGAGGCAAGAGAGGAGAGAGUGAGUGAGGAAAGUUGUUGUUGAGAGACUUAAGAUGUCCUUUUCUCUGCAGCGUUACAUGAUGCAGAUUAUUCUGUGUCCUGUUAAAAUACAUGUUUAUCAUGCAUUUACAGGAACAAAUCCUACUUUUCCUUGUAUAUAAAUAAAGAAAUGGGUGGAGUCUACCUUUUUACACAGUCUGGAUAAUGGAGUUGUUUUGUGCAUGAAUGCCCCUGCUCAAAGUCCUCACAGUCUUGACUGUGUGUUUCAUGGUGCACUGUGAUUUAUAGCACAUUGUGGCCAUCUUAUUCACUAUUGUACUUAACAUCUGGAAGUCAAUUUGACGGCUUUGAGUUCAUGCUGGCUUGGUUACUGGAAUUUCUUUCUUCCUUCCUCUUUUUAAACCCAGUAGGACAGAAUUCACGACCUUCAUUCACUGGUCAGUUUAUUGUUCCCAAAGUCUCAACUGAAUUCGGAAAGAAAGCUGUUUUUGUACCUUUUCCUGGAUCAAUCUACAAACAUAGUUGGCUUGAAUGUAUUCAAAUCUCCUGUUAAAAGUCUGAAAGCCAGGCUUUCCAUAUGAACUUUGUGGCCUUUUAUUUUGGUGUUAAGCGUUAUUAUGUUGCUGAAACUUUGUAGGUCUCAAUGGGGCUAACCUGGCUAAAUAAGGGUCAAAUAAGAAAAAAGAUAAAGAUACACGUGGUGCUCCUACAGUGUGUUAACAAGCUGUGUCUCCCCUUCAUCUGCAACUCCUUAAUACUCGGUGUAAUGACACACUGGGACACAGACAUUAAGAUGUUUUGAGUGCUGCAUUUAAGUGUAAAGCUGCAGUGCAGGCGGAGCUCCAUUCAGCAUACUAGUUGAGGUGCUGCUCAUGAGGGGCCACAUGGCAGUUUUGUCCAAGAUGGUUCUUAUUGUAACAAACUAUUUGCAAAGAACUUACCUGUAUCAUAUAUGUUAAGUCAUAUAACAAAACACAAUUCAUUUACUUUACACAUAAACUGUGUUUUGCCAAUUAUUUGUUAUGUUAUGUGUUGCACAUCUGGUAACUCCAUUUUGCUCUGCUAGCUCACCUCUAAGAUCUCCACCAGAUGUUGUUUACAUGACUUUGGUCACGUUGUGCUUUUCUCUCUUUCUGUCUUUUAGCUCCACUCUUGCAUUUUUUUCUCUCUUGUUUGACCUACCCAUCGCAUCACCUAUUGACUUUCUUGGACUGAAGGGAUCAAUCGAUGUCAAGACACAAACAUAAUUUCAUAACCAAUCUUAGGUUUGAGUUUCCAGUCAAGCACAGACCUUUUCAACCAGGCAUACUGUUUGGCUGUUGGAGAACAUUAUUUCAAAGUAAUGUAAAGGCUUCUUGAAUAAUGAGCACUCUUAUCCAUCCGCUGUGUGGCCUACAUUAUUUAUUUACUGUCACUGAAAGAACCAGGAGGAUCCCAAGUGAGCCAGGUUGGCUGAAGAACCAAUCAGCCACUCCAGGCCUGAUCACAGCUUGUAAACAGUUUACAAGGGCGAUGCUGCAGUUUUGUAGUCUGAAGGCUUGUUUGUGCUUUUAUUAUGUAUGAAAAAAGGUGCAUACAUUUUAAACACUUUCACUGUCCCUACCUUCAUACUCCCAUGCAUCCUUUACAUUCAGAUGUGCAUUUAACAAUGCCUCCAGGGGGUUUCACACAGACUUCCCCUUCUCCCUCACUACCAUCCAACAUCAUUUAUGCAUUUACAGCUACUAACUAGCUCUUCUACAGUCAUCAUUGUUGGGUUUUGCUGAUCUGGCUGCACUGGUCCCAUGAUUCAAGGUGGUAAAGCUGCUGUCAUUCGUAAUUGGUAAAUUUUUGGAAAAUGUGCGGAAACAUGGAGGGAAUGGAUGCAGAAUACAGGCAGGCCAUCUGAGUCUCUGUCUAUGUUGGCUUCAAACAUAAUGCAUAAAUAAGCCUUUAAAUGAAUACUGAAUUGAAUUAAGCAGCUUUUGGCUGAGCAGGCUUGGUAGAAAUGGAAUAUGAAAGUCAUUAGAGUGUUAAAACAGGUAUAGAAUCACCUGAAUAUAAAAAUCCUUCUGUCUUUGGUGACUGAAAAUGAGCCUUAUAUAGCUGCAGAAGAAGCAGGUACCCUUCCAUGGUGCUCACCAUCUAGCACUGCCAGGUUUGUACCAAUGCGCAGAAUGGAGAAACUGGUAAUAUGCAUGUGUAUCGGUUGGUACACAACCGAUACUUGGUGGUGUAUCGGUGGUGUAUUGGUGUAUCGGUUGGUAAACAAAGAGGAAAAGUAGUUUUUAAUGGUAAAACCAUGACAAGAAGAGGAUCAAACUCAUCUAACAUCUCAGGCAGUGGCUGCGCUGGGGGAGCACUUGGGGGUGCUAUAGUGCCUCCAAAGGGGCCCAUAGGACCCCCGUAGCACCUCCCAGAAAUGCUAAACCAUUUUUUUUUUUUUGCCUGUCAGCAAAUAAACUAUUGUUUGUUAAAAUAUGCGACAUUAUUUGUCACUUGCCAAAUUAGUUGCAGUCUAUGUAUCUCUUAGGCAAAUAUAGCGACUAACAAACGCUUGGUAAAUAAUACAUUUUCAAGUGUCCUAUUGGUGUUGGCAAUUACAUUAAUUACAGACGGUACCUGAACUCAUCACCUGUCAUACUGAACCUAUCAUUUGCUGCAACCAAUUCAGACUCUCAGAGAGUGGAAAAGGACCAGCAAAAAAUGAGUACAUUUUUGGUCAGGUGGGCUUGUGCCGAUGCUGUGGAAGAUCGACAACAAAUGCGGCUGUAAAUCCUUUAUUGAAGGCGAAGGAAGGGUCUCGGGGUCAACUUUUAAUUGACUGAAAUGCCAAUCUGGUGAUGGAGGCGGAGGAGACUCAGUCGGAGUUGGAUUUAUUAUUAAUUAUUUUUAACUCUAAUGUCCAGGGCCAAGUGCUGCACUGCUUUGGAGAGGCAAGGCCAUUGAGGAAUGCUAUGAGAAUUGUUUCUGGAGCUUCAGUUUUGUCUUUUCCAGACAUGAUGUUUGAUUACACAUCAGACCUGAGAAUAGCAGUGAUAGGCUGGUCGAACCCAGCAAAUUUAAAAUAAAGACUUCGGGCUCUAUUUUGGUGCUUCGCCGAAGACGUGCCGCAAGCGCAGAGUCAAUCAGAUCCGCCGCGCUGACAAGGCGUUCCCAAGCACAUUUUGGUAUUUUGGUAAGCCGCGCAGCCCGGCGUAAGUAUCCCCCCUCCCUAACUCAGCUCCUCCCGGCAGCAUAAAUCAUAGAAGGGGAGGAGAGAGUGCGUAUAGGGGUUUAACACAGCCGAGACCUGUUUUCACCAAUCACAUAAGCUCCUCUCCUUGCCUUUAAAUCCGCCACCGGCGAGGCGUAUUACUAUUUUCAUGAAGUAUUCAAAGAGAUCAAGAGAUGUCUGAAGACAGCUAUGCCACACGAUGGCGACAGAGGGCAGCUGCUCAACAAGUGUCCUCCACACUCUCUCAUCUGAGCACAGAUAGAUUUGGUGUGCGUAAUGUUGGACCCACUGGUAAGACAAACACCCUUUUCCACAAAAAAGACACUCACAUAAAGUUGCAUAUAUUCAAACCUCACGUGACAAAGGUGGGUUUAGCGCACAGAUCACAACAUAAACUCCAAAAAUGGCAUUAAAAUCGGAACCAUCUGUGAGUAAAUGACGCAUCGCGCUCCGUGGCCUGGCUCUUUCUUUCAUAGAUGUUGGCAUAUAAAAUAAAUUUGGCCCACAAAACUGAAUAUUAUAAUAUCCGUAUGUCGGCUUAAAGUAGAUAACGCAUCUGAGCACUGAAACAAAUCAUCUGUUCAGCCGCAGCAGCUGCAGCAAGACGGACAGAGGACACGGAGACGUGUCCAGGUCGAGCUGUGCGAGAAAUAAGAGGAAGAAAGAAAAGGAGGGAGACACAUUACAUAUCUUGUUAACUUCAUCAUGUGUGUUUAUUUACUAGAUAUUUAAUUUAAUUUGAUGCAGUUUCAGCUGUAUUGAUUCGGUCAGGUUGUGUGCCCAAACGCGUGCCAAACGCGCUCAUCAGAUCAGAUAUAGAUCAGAAUAUAUCGAUAUAGAUCUAAAUGUAUGUGCUGACUCAGAUUAAUAGUUGUUGAUGAUUAUUUAUUGCACUGAAAUGUGCCUGACACUGUGGAAACCUGCCGGUGAGGCAUCAGUGACGUAUGUCGAUACGCCACCGGUCUACCAAAAUACUACAAGACCAGCUGCGUUCCGCCUUGCGCUGAAAGCUGACCAGGUUUGAAUCGGCGAGCUUUCAGCGCACGUUACACGCCGGUGGCGAGCACGAAAAUGUCACUGCGCCAGCUGAUUCUGUCAACACCUCCCCCUGCCACGCCACCACGCCCAGCUUGGCGGAUCUCGGCUCGCCUCCGUGCGACUCAGUCCACGAAAAUACCAAACUCGCCUUACGCUGGGCUCCGCCAGACGAAAAUACAACUGCGCGGGGCUUGCCGCCCUCCGCCGCCUCACCGGCGCGAACGAAAAUAGAGCCCUUCAUGUUUAAACAUGUCAUUGGUGGCCUGUCUCACUUCAUAAUGUGCAUGAUUGCGUGUUGGUUUAGACUUGUCCCCCCAAGUCCCCCCCGUCUUACCUACACCAAUUCUUAAGCUCCCCUCCAGCACCCCCAUUAAAAAUAGUCUAGAGCCGCCACUGAUCUCAGGAACUUUUUGUCCUAAAAGGCAAACAUCACCUCUCAACCUUCAGUAAGAGGAGGGGUGAGCUAGGGAGCAUAAAAUCUAAAACCUGACCACUUAAUAUUGCCAAAUAUACUCAUCUCAUAAUUCCUUUAAAUUGCAGACUUUUGUGUUUUGAAUUUUGUGCAGUAUUUCUGUUGAGUAACACAAACAAGUUUUCAAAGUUCAGCUAAAGAGAUUUUUAAACUGAAAUUAGAAGUUGCACCAAAUAGUGAAGUAUAACCUUGAAGUGAAUGGGAGACAGAGCCAGUGUUUCCAUUUAAGUUGUUAAAUUCUAUCAGUCCUUCACUUCUAUUCAUUCUAUUCAUAUGUUUACCGACAGAGAGCUGCCAAACUGAACCCCAGAGGAAAAAAUCUUCAGAAACCUUCAGUCAGUCAACUUGGAAGAAAACAUUUCUUCAGAGUGUAAAUAAUGUUCUUUCUUGUGUUGCUAACUUUCAUUUCACAGGGCAAAGGGUGUCUGUCUUUUAAUGGAUUCAAUGGUUUCCACAUUUUGGGGUUCAACUAAAGAAGAAAAGAAACAGGCAGAUCAGAUCAAUAACAGAGCUUGUAAUUUUGGGAUAUUGUGUGCUUUUUGAUUUCUGUAAUCUGCCCCUGGGAAAAUCAGAUUUGAGUAUCACAAUUGCCAAUCAUGCAAAUGCAACAAAGGAUUUUUAGGCAAACUGCACACAAAGACAGAGUCAAUAACAUUUCACUGCAUGUUUGCAAAGCUGACUAGGCGAGUCACGUCAGAAAAGAUGUCAGGAAUGACACGUUUUUACACAGAGGGGAGGCUCGGUGUCUGAUUUGUCAGAGUGGUUAGAGGCUUAUGUUUUCAAAAGUGAGAUGGCAAGGUCAGAUUAAAGAGCUUCAGUGAUUUGUUUUAAGGAUGUUAUGUGUGAAAUUUGGAGGGUUUCGGGAUUUGUGAUUUUCAGUGUCAUUGUUGUCUGAUAUCAGAAAAUACAAUCCCCGUGCACAAAUCCUCUGUAUUUUGAUACAUACAAACUAGGCUGUUCAAGUACACUGGUAUUGACUUUCACUGUCUUUAAAAGAAAAAGAGAUUUAGUCCUCUGUAGCUAUUAGGUCCACAGUGGGGGUCGGUCUUCACCCUUUGGGUGUUGCACCCACCUUAAAAAUGUGAGAAGAUGAAGAAGCAGCAACAGGGAAGUGAAGAGCUUACUGGCUUGCUGUAGUGGCCCCAUGAAAGAUGGCCAGACCCUUUAUUUAUAUAUACCGUAUUUUUCAGGCGAUAAGGCACACCGGAUUAUACAGCGCACUGUGAAUUAACAUGUCUAUGUUCACACAUAAGGCACACCGGAUUGUAAGGCCAUUCAGCAUUGGAGCAUUUACUGUUUUAUUGUUUCUAGCGCAAACUCUGGGCCCAGGCUGCCUUACGUGAAUGCACUUCUAGUUUAGACAUAACAGUCAAACAGUGUUGUAGACUGCUCAGGGGUCCUGAUACGGGGCCAAUCAGGUAGUGACACAGCGUACCGUAAUGCUCUGAAUAUUCAUUAAGAGGAGCGGUUUUGUUGCUUACCAAAGUCGUACUUACACAUUUCAAUAGAAUUUUGAGUGCAUUGUACCACAUAAAGUCGAUCAGUAAGCACAACAAGUAAUCAUACAUAAAGUGCACUGUCAAUUUUGGAGAAAAUUUAAAGAUUUUAAGUGCGCCUUAUAGUCAGAAAAAUACAGUAUUUGUAAAUAUGAUGUUACAAGGUUUACAAUUAUACGAGGCCUCCUGGAGUGCUAAUUUGUUGAACAUUUAUACUUCCUAACCGUUAUUUUAGCUAUUUUUAUCGAAGUUUCAAAAUAACAGCAUGUUUUGUUUUUCCUUUUUUUAAACAGGAAAUUGAGCAACAUAAAUGUAAAGCAGUGAAAGUGUCAAAUUAAAGGAAAAGAGAGAAUAGGUUUAUGGGGUAGUCUCUUCUGUAAGGCAUGCACAAAUCAGGUCCCUUGUCGAAGCCUUUACUGAAGUCUGGCUACUACUGCAGUGCAGAUCACAUCACAGGAGAUACCCCACUUACAUGAUUUUGAGACUUGCACUUGAGACGCACCUUAGCUGCACACUAAUGUGACUUGAGACUCAACUGAGUGACUUGAGGUUGGACUCAAGCUUUAGCACUCCAAGAUAAUCUUUCUAGUUUGUAUUUUUGUCUCCUGCUGCUUAUCAUGCCUAAUCCUCUGCUUCUGGUGCACAGGCAGGCAUACCACAUACCCGGCUGAUGCAACGGCAGAGCAUUUCUACACGUAGACCAUAACUAGGAAGUCUGCUCAAGCCCACCCAUAGACAGGUUUUCAUCUGUAGGAGACAGUUAUCUGCAAUCAAUAAGUGAACGAUUACCGCUUGCUCCUUACCCCCCGUGUAUGUUACGAAUUGCGUUUGCUCUGCAGGUGAUCAGAGAAAAAUAAAGAGGCACAGCAGGUCCCCCUUAUUAUUGUUGGCUAAUGAUUGAGAUCACAAUUCAUAUUGAAUACAAACCUUCUCAUACCAGUGUUAAAAAAGUUUCACACAGCGGGCUGCUGUUGCUCUCACUUUUGAUUUUCAUAACAGGUAAUUAUCCACACAAGGCUCAACUGUUGUGAUAACGUUCAAAAUGUGAGUCGAGGUGAAGAUAUGAUACUGUGCAACCUAUGGUUCAUGCUUUAGUGCCUGUGAACUGUAGGUGUCAUUUAAAAGUUUAUUGUAUUCCAGACAAACCCUUUCACCGCUAACAUUGGAGCCAGCUGUUUGUUGUAGGAGUAUGGAGUGGGGAUGUGUAACCACCCGGCAGGUCCUCUGAGGUCAGUUCAGUGGUCUGUUUUUAAAUGUUUGAGGUGCAGAAAAACACUUUGGAACAAGCUCGGCUUUAUCACUGACCCAGAACUCGUCACACUGACCUGAGGCCUUAUCAGAUGAACCCUUUUGUGUUUGUGUGUAUUUGCAAGAGCAAAUAUUGUCCGCUUGCUUGAAUGUGUGUGGUAUUACAUGAUGCUUGCAGGGACGUGGGCGAAAAAGGAAGCAACAGUUCACCUCUCGGGAAAGGAGCAUGCUAUUCAAUCAGCUUUAUGCAUAAGUAAAGUAUACCUCUGCUCUCCCUGGGUGUCUGUUCUACAGUCUAAAAGUAAAUGGGGUGUUUUGGUGCGGAGCAGCAUGGAGCCAUCCCACAUGCUGGUUAUAAAUGAGUCGAUCAGGAGAGUUUAGAGAAAACUCAAAUCAGACUCAGCUCCAUUAAACUGAACUAGAUGUUCUGUCAAACAGUAUCAGUCUGCAGGAAGUCAAUUCAGACGCUAUAUUUCACAAUAUAACAAACAUUUUUGUUAGCUCAUGCACUGUUAUUCUUUUCAAUUUGAGCAACAACUUUUGACUGGAGCUGUUUGUGUUCUGCUUACAUUUUAUCAACUGGGGUUAAAGCAUCAGUGCUUUAGUCUUCCCCUCUCUGCCUCAAACACAGGAGAUAGGGUUGUUAAUGGAGCACAGAGACAAGGUCGCUUAUUGUUGACCACAUUAUGUUUCUGAGCUUUUAACCCUUCAGUGGCUGAAGUGUAGGCUGAGGUCCUGUUCAAAUGUAACCCGUCUGCUCAGCCCUGAAAUAUUAAUUAUAACUUGUUCGAGUGGUAUCAUCCACUUACAUUUCAGCAAGCUUUGGCUUUAUGCAACAAAAAAGUACAUGUGGAGAGCAAAGUUUUCAGAACAAUGUGGACUUAAUGCAUUUCCAGGUGGGUUUGAAUCACACUCUGUUAGCAGACUUCUACAUGUAGGUUCUUGCUUGUCAAAUUGUCAGCAUGAAAAGAGGGAAGUCUCGGCCAGAUAUGCUUUAUUUCUUCACAUUAGGUGUUUUUGAAAUGAAUAGUUGUGGGACUUUUUCAGGAGGAACUAUCUUCUUGAGUUCUCUGAGAACUUCACACCAUGGGGACUUGAUAUCUGUUGGUAUUGUCACCAGCCUGGGGAGGGAUUAUAUGAACCUCACAGUGAUAUAAGCCAGCUGACUGUUGAUUAAGCUUUGUCACUUAUGUGACACAAGUGACAGUUCAGAGGACACUGUACACUCUGUUGAGCUCCCACCAGCACACUGCAGCUUCUAAAAGCUUGGCCGUUGAAUCCUUCGUGCCCACAUUAGCGGCAGACACCGGUCUGUGGCCAAGCGUAGUGUCCAGCGUAGAAUACCACUUGCUAGAUUUGCAGCUCCGCUUAGGUUGUUGUGGUCUUUUAGAUAUAUUGUAGCCUCGUAUGGUUUUCUACUUCUUCUAACAGCACUGCUCCACUUCAUUGUGUGGUGGAUACUCAGUGUAACGAGUUUGCAGGAAACACUUUCAAAGAUGGUUUAAUUGCACUGUGCCAAGUAGGGUUGUCACGAUACUAAAAUUUCAAACUCAAUAUCAAUACCCAGGAAAAAACUUGAUACCAUUAUCAAUACUGCAGGGAUAAAAAAUGACAAAUAGUUUAUAAGGCAUAAAAAAUAUUUUUACUAUCAUGAAAAACAGAACGGCAGAUAAAUAAUCAAUUAAAUGAAUGACUUUCAAUGACUUUUUCACUUGGAACCCAGGUUUCUCCACAGUGUAAAUGGGUAGUUGGUCCUCAGAGAUAUACUCUACUACAGCUCUGUUUAUUUUGACAGCUUCAGGAGAAUUUGGGUCAUACUUUCUCUGUUUUUCAAACAGCAGUGGAAGAGUAGGCUGUGGUUUCUUCGGUUUAGUUGAAGGUCAACUUCUCUCUGCUUCAGUCUGCGUCUGUCAGAGAAGAAAGCACGUUUGAGCCACGUUAGCGAGCUAAAGGCUGCCAGCCGCGUGUCCAAGGCUAAUGACUAAAAAUAAAGCAAACAACAUUCACUGAGCAUAAAGCUAACCACGGCUACCGCUGACUGCAGCGGAGAGCUCGUCACAGCUAAUCAAAAAACAUCCAACAUUCACUGAGCGUAAGGCUAACCGCGGUUACCACGGAUUAAUGCUGGGCACUGGCCAGACAAACAUCAAUAACCAGUUUGAUACAGUAAGGUAAAGGAUGAUCAGGAGCUUUACUUACCUGCCGGAAUUCGUCAUUAAGGCCAGGGUGCCGGUCCUUGAGGUGUUUUGCCAAAUUCGUCAUCGCCACCACUUUGAAACACUGGCCAUACUUAGCAGCAGUAAAAUUUGGGACAGCAAGCGGGUGCUCUCCUGACUGCCGGAUGCUGUUUGCCUGUGCUGCUAUCGAUACCACGGCAAAUUAGUAUUGGUACUUCGAAGAGUAUUGAUACUUUUGACAACCCUAGUGCCAAGUCAAAAGUUUGCAGUUUUUCUAAUGUUGCAUCAACUCUCAAUAAACCCUGUACUUCAUUGUUGGGCUACAUAAUUUAUGUUUCUUUCUGUGUUGAUUUUGGCGCCCUCUGUGGAUAAUUUAUGUUACAUCUUUGCAGAUCUUGCCCAGUACAAGUGUGUAAGAAUUGUCCAACAAAGAAAAUUCAUCCUCCUUUCAUAAACAGUCAUGUCUCUCACUCACCUUGAACGUUUUCUUUGAAAAAUACAUCAGAGGGGUUUUUCUUCACCGUGUUUUUAAUUGCACUCUCUGACACCUAAACUCCCUUCACAGCGGUUACAGGCAUUAAAAUUUACAAAACAGACAUGGUCAGUCUUUUUACUCAGGGUCUAGCUUGCUUUUGUAGAUCAUAAAAAGACAUAAAUGAUCGUUUUAGUCCGUUUCAUAACCAUUUAAAUUCUCCUUAAGGAAGCUGACAGGGCUGAUAUUUGGCUGAUAACAGAUGAGAUCAGUUUAUUCAAAAGUGCACCAAUUUUCCCUCCAUUUCCCUCUGGGUCUUUAUUUCACUCAAAGUCCCUCCUACAACUGAAGCAGCGUUUUAGUUUUUUUAUUUUAGUUUUUUCUUUUGGUGAAAUGUAACUGAUCUUGUUGAAUCUGCAUCCUCACUGAUAGUUUUCUCUGGAUUAGAUCAAUUUCCUAAAAUCCUAAUGUGUCUAAAUUUAUGAUAAUUUGCACGAACAUCCUACUGUUUUCCAAUUAAUCAAUGUAGGAUGUUCGUGACCUUUGCCCUCUCCAGUGUCGCUUGACUCCUAUACAUCCCCAAAACAUCAACACCCUUCAAGACAGCGUCUGUAAAUUACGCGGGAGGCACCUGCAGAGUCUUAUUUUGGCGGACCAAGCUGUCGUAUUUGAAGACUUUAGAGUGAGAGCCAGUUGUCACAUGCUAUCCAGCUACACCUCUGUCCUGCUUUGCAUUAUCACUCUCAGGUUAGGGCCCUGUGUUUGUUCCUCCAAACAGGGUAUUUGACGGUAACAGGCAGUGACAUGGUCAGCGGUGUCACUUUUAACUCGAAUCCCAUCGCCUGUUUUGUCUCUACAUGCAGCGCACACACACGGCAAAACAGACUACAAGAGGACGUGUCCAUCAAUAAUAGAUAGGGGCAAUGCUUUGUUCAGAGUUCAGUGGUGCCUCUGUAGAUGAGCCAGGGUGUUUUUUUUAUGAGUUGCUACACUGCCUACAGGAGGUAAGGGCGGUGAAAUAUGAUGGUGCUGUUAGUAUGGAGGGACAGACCAGUCAGAUCGUCUCAGAUGGAUUAAAAGUGAAGCUGCAGUGUAUGCACAGCAUACUGAGCGUGUAUGUUUACUGGCAUUUCAGACUCUCUGUAGUCAUCUGAGCAGAGCUUCUCUGACAAAUUACAACCAUUAGCAUACCGGGGUGUUUGGUUUGGAAAGUCUGAUGUUCGUUUUUGUUUCUUUGAUCCUCUUUUUAACUCCCUGCUUCAUAUUGGAACACACGGUUUUAUAUAUAUUAGACUGCACGCCGGCUUGUAAACACUGUUAGUCGAGCCCCGCUUUUCUAUACAGACAAUUUGUUUCCUUUCUACACUCCGUAGGAGUCAUUUUGAUGAGGACUCAGACUCCAAACUGAGACAUGUAUUGUCUGCGUGUUUAGUUCUCUCUGCCAGGAACUGCUGCUUUGUUAGCCGUGUUACAAACCAGUCCAUCUCCCCUUCAGAAGGUCUCUCUCUCUCCGCUUUUAUCUGUGUUGACGUGUGGCGUGCACGUUUAAGCCUGUGUGUGUAUGAGCCGGUUUGAAGGGGGGUAUUUGAAUUCCUGGCCAGCGUUCAAUAAUCCCAGGCUGUAGCAUUCGGUGAUAAGGGCCUCCAUGGUGCAAACACAGACUGGAAACUAGAACUCUCCCCACAUAGUUUCCAUCAAGUGUGCUCACACAGACAAGACAAGACAAGACAGUGAUUUAUACAAGCUGAUUUCAAACAAACAAUAUGAACACGGUUGCUAUGGAGCAAAUAUUUCCACCAGCACAGCCCAGUAUGGUCAAAAUACGACAUAUUCUGUCGUGCCCUGCUGUGAUUUAGAGCUGGAGUCCAGGACUUAGGCUUAAGACAGACCCUGGAUGCUACACUAGAUCACUGCUCUAAACAACAACCAGGAUGCUCGUGUCACAAUCAAGGGGCCAUGUAGGGAGGGUUCCAAGGGUGAGUGAAAAAUAGGAGGAUGAGGCUGGCUGGUCACUGCUAGAGACACUGAAAGCCCCAGGGAUCGGCCAUAAGGCUGGUGUCCAUCAUCCUAAGUGGAUGUUUUCAUGAGACAUGCAGGCGCAGAUAGACCUGGUGAGCUGGACAGAGUAAUGGAGGAUGUGGAUGACUGGAAACUUUGCUGGAAGGCUGAGGAUGACCAAAUGAAUUUCCGGAUUUAAACCACGCAAAGCACUCUCACACCUCAUGUUUUCCCACUGAUUAAUACAACUAACAUAAAACCAUCCCAUUUACACACCGCCGACUGUGCCACUCAGGAGCCACCCUGGGGUUAGGAUCCUGCUGGAGGUGAGUUCGACUGGUCGAACCACCAACCCUCUGACUGAGAGAUGACCAGCUCUACCUUUAAGCCACUGCUGCUGUUAAGUUCAGGCUUGUCCCUGAAGGUUAAGAUUUGUCAUAUGAGACAUGUGCCUUAAUCAGAAUGAAGUAUAUAACAUAUUAAGGCUCGGUAAGGCAUUAAACAUGGUCGGCACAGUUCAGUCUAAAUAGAUAUAAGCUGUUUUUAAGACCUUCAUGUUACUUCGGAAAUGUGUGGAUUGUGGAAGUUUGUUCAUCUGAGUUUGUUCAGUAAAUGAACUCAGACGUCUUCAACGUGAUUCCAUUCAGAAGUUCUGCCCUUCACCACAGCGGCUCCCGCAAGCGGAAAUGAAAAGUUAAUGAGUUUGUCCUUUCCACAAUGCCAAGCUUUCUACAAGUCUAAUGCACAUUCAUUCUUAAUUUACUCAGAUGUUCUGCUAACAGACAAACAUAAUGAAAUGGGGUGAAACAUUACUCCGGCUAAAUGCUGAUAGGAAUGAUACUACAAUAACAAACAGGACGUUCGGCUGGCAGAAUCAAGGCUGCACAGUGUUAUGUGUUUGAGAUCAUCAUGUGCGUCGCUGCCAGCUCUGAGUCUUGUCAUCAACAGUCAAAGUCAACAACAUUUCUGCCUCUGAACGUUUUGAAAAUUUGCUUUUUCCACACAUGUUGCUGAUAAAAACUUUUUGUUCUUUUAAAAAAGCUGAAAACAGUCAUAAAACGUGAUCAAAUACAAAAUUUAUGAUCCAGACUUUGUUUUUGGUCAGAAUCUCAAGGUCAAAUCAGGCUAAAAAUACAAAAAAAAAUAUUUUCUGAAGUAGGAAAAGAGUUACAGAUGUGUUAUUGUUUCCGCAUGUAAAUAUUUGUGACCUUGUAGGAAAAUAUGGAGGAAGUCAAAAAGCAUUUCUACUCUCUCAACACCUUGUGUGUGUGUGUUUUUGUUUGUUUGUUUGUGCAAACCUGCAUGCUCAUUAUUUGUCAGGUUAGUCAUGCACUUUGCAUUCACAUGGUGGAGUGUAAAAGGUUCACAGAAUUUCCUCCAGAGAGCUGUCCUUGAAUGUUUGCUCAAAUUCACUCAGAUGCUAUUCAUGACAGAAAUAUAAAGUAAUGUUAUGCUGUCUUGAUUUUUUUCGUUCAGAAACUCAGACUCAAACCAGACUCCAAAGUUGUCUGAGGUUUUGGUGUUUAAAUCAAAGUCUGAGAUGUUGACAUAAAUAUGAGGUGGAAUGCUGAAGCCUGACUCGUCUGAUUACGAGUUCAACUUGUUAAGCUUUGAUUUUGGAGCAAAAUGAGUGGAGGCUGAGUGGAUAUCCUUAUCAAACUGGGUGGUAUAAAAUGUGUAAGACUGAAAAGAACCAAGACGAUCAAAUGGGGAAAAUGAUCACAUCUUGAUAAUUUCUAAUCUGUUUUUUUUUUGUUUCUCUGCAGGUUCCUCAUGGUCCUCUCCUGUUUGAUCCUCAGUGUCCUGACUACCAUGCCAGGGUUUCAUGAUAUGGCUUUCACCACGCUCUUCUGGGUGGUGAGUCCUACAUUUGAUGAAAUUGAAAAGGGAUUAAUGAUAAGAGCAGUGUUUCCCCCUAAUUUGUAUUGUUGUCCAAGUGGAUCUCAGACUAUGAGAGGUUUGGGAUUAUAAUCCAAACAUCCCACUGGGUUAUUUUAAUCCCUGUUGGACAGUCCUGACCCAAAACUGAGCAGGGUUUAGGAUCAGAUUCAUGGGGGUUGUGCUGCAGGGGAUGUCACAAAAAACUGGGUACUUUAAAACCCUGAGGUCUGCAGUACAAAGUAGGAUAUGAGGUUAGUGAGGUACAAGUUCAGAGUUUUUCAGUCACAGGAAUUAGGUGGUCUACUUUUACAUCGCCAUGGAAACCUGCAGCACAACUAACCUGCUGUGUGGAAAGCUAAAUAUACACUCUGAUAAGAGAGCACAUGCUACUGACGAAUUAACUGUCCUGGUCUUUAUGUGCUGAUGAAGAGAGGGGAGGCGCAGAGGGACAAAAAUAUGUGCAAAGGUCAAAGUGUGAACAUUUUGAAUUUAACAAAUGUUAAUGAAAAUAUUUAUCAAAGUAAACCAUUGUGCUUUUGUAUCUCUUACAUCACAUAAUGAUAAAGACGCUGAAGCCAUGUUCUUGUUUAACUUAUAAGUAAUUAAACUAGUUUUCAGAUAGGCAUUAAAAAGUUCAUUUAAUUUUCUUUUUGUUUUAUUCUAACUUGUGUGUCUUGUCAGUUUUACAGUCAGAGCUGCAUCAUAAAGAACAGUUAAAAUCCUUCAUGACCAGGCUUUGUUACUGGUCACUUAGCUGUGUUAGAAACUUGACUCAUUAGUCAAAAUCCUAAAACAACUGUGUUUAUAAUUUUGAGAGACAGCUAGAUUUGCAUGUCACAUCAAAUAAAUCCAUGGGUCAGUCCAGGACACUCCUAAAGUAGGCCUGGACGAUAUAGAAAAAAAGCAUAUCGAUAAAAAAUAAAUCAUAUUGAUCGAUAUCGAUAAUUAUCGAUAUAAUUAUUAUAAUUAUUUAACAUAUAUUUUAAUUGCAGCCCUGGAUGUUUUAUGCUAUUGCUUAAUGACCUACUUUUAAUAAAGAACACGCAAGCACUAAAAUCAAAUUCAAACCUUUAUUCAACCACCUUUUUAUUUAUUUUUUUACCACAACUGAAAGUUUUUUAAUAAAGAACUUAAAAAAAAAAAAGAAAUCAACUUAAGUGGCCUGAGUGACGUCAGUAAAUACUGACAAACAUAAAGACUAAAGUGACCAGAAAAUCUGAUAAAUAAAUAUUUAAAUAGUCUUUUGAUGAAAAUAAACAAAACAAACAAAUAUAUAAAUAAACAGAAUAGCUUUAGGUGGGAAUAGCAUACUACCAGUUUUAACUGUGUGGGAAACUGCCCACAGCCUGGUGUCUCCCGGGGUCGGGAGAUUUCGUUUUUUUAAUUAUCAUAUGAUUGACUUAAUACGCAAACUGAGCACGAGAAGCAGGACUUAUCCACGCCGGUGUUGUGUCGUAGAAUGCACCCCUGCCGAACGCACCCCCUGCUAGUAGCCAUGAUCCAAAUACUCGCGUAUGAGCUCAUUUUCUUCCACUUUAAGAAGCUAAUGAGUGGACGGGAUGCAGGGGUGCAUUCUACAGCACAACACCGGAACGUAUUUCCUCCGCACCCUUCUCAGCUUUUCAACCCCUGACCCGUUUUCAUGCCUGAAGCGCUGUGUUUGAGAAAUACUUGCGGCCGGGCACUUGAUAUCGCGGGUCGAGAGUGGCUAGAAGCUGGUCGAAGCCAGGCUUUUCAACGGUAGUUAUUGGCAGCAUGUCACUGCAUGGGUGAUGUCCUUAUGCCGCUUGGACGCUUUGUCGUAUUUUGGCAAGAAACGAAGUCCAGUUUGGUCUGCUUCACAUGCUUUGUGCUGGUGCUGGCAGCGGUUCCAGAGGAUUCCUCCUCCGACGACGUGGAGCUGCGGCGCGGCCGACACAGCUCGUACUCCUGCGGGUGCGAUCGGUUUAGAUGGCAGAACAAGUUGGUUGUGUUACCAGACUUGGUUUUUACUAAUUCUCUGCAAAUUUUGCAAACGACCGCUGUUCGCUUUUUGUCAGACUUCUAAAAACCAAAACAUUGCCAUGCUGGUGAACUACUGAAAUCUUUUUUCGGGACAAUGUCCUCCGCCCAUUGGCCCAUAAAUUCACUCAUAACAACACCAUUUCUCCUAUUUUUCUAUCACAUUUUGGUCGAUGCUUACGAGAAACUUGUUGGGAUUGUACUAUGCAUAAGAACCACUUCACUAUACAUUAUUUUCUAAUUGUACACCUACUGAACCCACAUUUGUGCAGUGAGACCGGUCACGUUAUUUUGACAUUAUCAUUGCAGGACCUCUCUGAAUUUAUGAUGAUAAAAUUAUAACGUCGUCCUUGUACUGAGAGUCCAAACAUCUGAGUUGUUAGUCAUGUUCAAUUUAUUCAGGAUCUACAUAUUUUCUGAUGUUGAAAAUCAUUUCUUUCAUUCCUGUCUGUGGCCAGCUAUUGCAUUGCAUAUUGUGCUGCUGCAACAUGUAACUGACAUACGUGUUUCUUACUCGUGUCUUAUAUCUUUAUGCUCACAUUCUCGACAAAAGCUAUUGCAAUGCAUGGAUCAAUAAAAAUCUCUGAUGUGCAGACAUGUUGCUGGCAGUGCAGUUUGUGUUUAUGACUGAUCCUACAACAGGAACGACACCCCCGCUAUGUCAGCACCGUCGCAGAAACUCUUGGUGGACUCAUCAAGCUGCAUCAUAUGAUAGUAAAACCUGAUCCCAUUAGAGCCAGAUGAUCACAGCUACAAACAGACUAGGCCUGGGGUUGGACAAGUAAUUAUCUUUGUAUGCUCACAAAGUGCUGAAAAGCUGGAGAUGUGGUGGUUUUAUGUGAAGCUUGGACGUUUGGGCCCAAGGUUAAGAUCAAAAGGUUUCUUGGCUCAUUAAGAAAUGUGUUCGUAUUGGUUUCUCUGGCGAGGAUCGGUAUGUUCAUGCACUCUGUAGUUGCAUGCUCCAUCUUUCUGAGAGUAGUUUUGACUCCAGUAGAGGAAAGGUUAUGAAAAGUUAAACAGAGUGAUACUGAUAACAAAAUAGCUCUCAACUAUUUUAACUCCAGGGUCUAUUUUUUUUCCCCUAAAAGGUCAUCGCUGCCUACUCAGUGUGCAACUGGUUAGCUGUGUAAAUCUUCAAGCCUGACUUCAAAAGUUUUGUUUCAUCAAAUAUCAAUGUGAGCUUCUCUGCCUCAGAGAGCCAGCCCAGACGAGCGUUUCUGAAUUUAUUCAUCUCAAUUUUCCCCGGUGGCUGUGCCCUUGUUUAAAAAAAACUGUCAGUUUUCUGCCCAUACAAACUGAAGCACAGACAAGUACUAUUCAAUCUCUAACAGGGUCAGCAGGGUUUCCACAAGUGUUCCAGACAGUGUGAAGGCUUGGCGUAAACGUAGCAAAGGUGCGUGAUGUUUUCUGUUUUGCUCAAUUUUGCGACGCCCUGUUUUGUAAAGUGUGAAAAAUUCCGAAAUUGAUCCUGGCAAUGAUUAAACGGAGUUUUUAGGAAAAGAGACAUUUUUGCCUGACAGUUGGUUCCAGGCUGUUUUGGAUUAGUUUUAGAUUUAGACACACAUUUACAGGCAAAACAUCUUGUUUUUGCUGCAAGUUAAGUUGUUUCAAAUUGCACUUCUUUUUUGCCGUACUUGGCAAACAUGCAGUAUUCAUUUUUUAAACCCUGACAGAUUUACAAAUGUGAAAGGAAGAUCUCACACAUGACAACAAAGAAUGAUGAAUGAAUGAAUGAAUGAACAGUUUUCUUCUUUCAGCGCGUGGCGUGCCACUCUCAGUACGCUUAUAUGAAUGGUGUCGCCUAAAUCAGGGGAUUUCACUGGACUUUUUUCCUCAUCCCAGUCCAUUCACCAUUUUUACUUCUUCAGCUGACAAAGUGUUGAUUGAUAACCACUUUCCUUCAACCCAUUAAUGCAGCUAGGUGACUUCCAAGUUAGAGCCCAACUUGUAAACAGAAUGUUUUAACAUGUUUACUGUGGAGCAUGCACUGAACACUUAACCCAGUCUGAGCCCAGUUUAGGAUUACUGACAAAUCAGGCAAAGGUUUAAUUUAUUUAUUUAUUUUGUGUGUGUGUGUGUGUGUGUGUGUGUGUGUGUGUGUGUGUGUGUGUGUGUGUGUGUGUGUGUGUGUGGCACCAUCCUGUUUUGUCUUAUGCAUUGAUUUAUCUAUUUUUUGUCACUGCAGCUGCAUACAAUACAACUGAUUGUAUGCAGUUUCUUGACGAGCAUACAAGCUAGAAGAUCAUUAUCUACGAGAUUUUUUCAUUAACCUGAACAAUAAUAUCUAAUUAAUAGGUCAUUUAGUAAUGGAGAAAUUUUAAUAACCAUAGUGAUCUUGAUUUUCUCCCAAGGAGAUCAUAGAAAUACCCUGUUCAGAAAGUUAAUUAAUGAAUGAAAAAAAUCUUUUUUGCUCACAAUGUGGAAAAAUGUCUGCGGUCUGACUGUAAAAUGACACAAUGACCUGACUCACAAACAAGACAACGUACAAAUCAAGACAUUAAAAGAGCCCCAAUCCAUUCAUAAAGAGAGCAUUAUUUAAAAGUUAUGAUUAGAUUUUUUUUUAAGUUGAAUUAGGAAACACACUUUUUUCAUAAUCAGCUCUGUAAAGUGGCCACUCUUAACUAUUGUCAAAUUCUACACGACACCACAGCAAUAUCUGGCAAGAUAAUCGAAAAACCAUGAAAAAAAAUACAGGCUUUUGCUGACUUGUCAUAAAGGUCCAAAUUUGUCCGGAUUAUCUUGUAGUUUUUCGUCUCUUAAUCCCUUGUAGCUCCGUACACAGUGGCAGUGUACUCAAUUAUUGUAAGAAAAUAUAAUGAACCCAACAAUGUCGGCAUAAUUAAUGCAGCUUUAACCCUAUAGUGAUCACAAUGUUUUGAGUCUAAUGCUUGUUAGUUUGUUUACAAGAAAACAUCAUAGUGCAGUUUUAAUGAUCUCGAUCAGUGGUCCAUAUACCACAUGUGUGAGUUAAAGAUAAGGGCCAAGUGAUUGAGAUGGGAAAGAAACUGAAUCUCAAGAGCAGAAUACACCUUGUUUUUUUAAUAACAGCUCUGUUUGUGUUUGUUGAUACAGCCUGCAGCCUUUUCUCCUGAUCUCAUCUUUUCCUUUGACUCUCACCAUCUGCUCAGCCUCUCUGUUUUUCUCUGUUUUUGUCGGCUUACAUCUGCACACAGGCCUGAUUCUGAUAUAUGAAGUAGUGAAGGGAGGGGCUUUGUCCCCGUCCCAUGUCGGACAUCUCAUUUGAAUAAAUGAUGAUGCUCAUAAAACAAUGCUGCUAAUAGACAUUGAGUCAUUGUGCAGUUCUUUCAGGUGACGUGGGCUUGUUUAAAUAAAAAGAUGUUAGCUUCAUUACUAUAUUUUUUUGAUUGAUUAUAUUCUGCAGCACUCAUCACUUGGAUUGUGGUCAUUCUGCUAAAACAACAAAUGUCACACCUCGGUUUCUGUUACUUGAAAAGCAAUUUCAUGGGUUUAUUGACCUACCUGCUGCACACAAAAACAAUUUGGGGGCUCUUUAGCUGGAAGAACAAAGGCUUUUUUUCUGGAAACUAUUUCAGGGUGUCCCGUUGGCCUCAGAGGUCGAAGGCUCCUCCUCUGGAAUCAAUAGUAAAUGGAUAAACUUAACCCCGAGACAUCAGCUGCUGAGCGGAGGAACUGUUUGGGUGCUGAGUGAGUCACUCAAGCUCAAACAAAAGUAAAACCACCAAGAAAGGAUGAAAAGGACUUGAGGGUUUUCUUAACAGGGGGGCUGGAAUAUGUUCACCUUGUAUCUCUGGUGAACAAAAAUCCGACCACUCAGUUCACCUUGGUGGGGGAUAAUAGGAUGAAACGGUCAUGGUGUUUCAUGAGCUGGCAGAGCAGUAUCCUCAAUUCUACAGGUCUGUUGUUGGAUUUAUAAAGAUUUGAGGCUGAAAAUUUACCCGUGUGAGUCAGACAUGUGAUUAGAAAAUGAAUAAAGUCGAUAAAUACCCAAAUAUUUUGAAAUAUAUAUUUAAUGACCCAGCUUUAAGUUCACCCCCGUGGAUAUUUAAUCUUCUUAUUCUUCUCUCCAACACAGAUAAUGAAUAAUUAAUAUUUGCUUCGCUUCUAAACCCUCAAAAAUCUCCAACAUUCAUCUUUUGCAGCCUUCAUUCCCAAAGGGCCUGUUUUGUACUUUGUGUUCGCCGCUCUAGAGAUUUGCUCUGACCCUGCAACUCUUUCAUUCUCUCCUCCCCCAUCACAGGAGCAGCUUCUUUGUUCUCUUUCUGUCUUUUCCGCACACUCAAGGUUAACACAGACCACUCUGUUUUUGUGCUUGGAGAUGCAGCAUUAGCUGACGCUGUGUUUGUAGUUGUGGUGUUUCAGGCCAGAAGCUUGGCAAUUCGCCCAAAGAAUCCUCGUUCUCACAAGAGUUUGUGCACUUUUGGGAUCCAAGUUGGCUUUGAACUCUUAACAGGUAUCAUCUGAUUUCACGUCUGUCAGCCAAGUUCAGCAAAAGCAGCAUUACAUGUUUCCUUAGCGUCUUUUCACAUGAACACACAGUUUCAGCUCCUGACAUUUUCUGGACUUUUCUUUCACACAUGCACCUCAAAGAAGGAGACUGUUAGCAUGGCAUGUACACUUAGAACGCUUAAUCGGUUCAGGUCAAGGUGAUAGUUAAGAGCCUGAGUAGAGUGUGCAGAAAGUCCUCCGCAAUAAUAUGUAGGAGAACAUUUCCUCAUUACGAACAUGGUGAUAGAAAACAACAAAGAGCAUCUGAACUGAGCGGUAAAGAAAACAAAGCUGUGAACUUGGGUCAACAACAGCAUUAUCACUGUUUUAUAGAACUGUCAGUGUGAGCCUCCUUGUUAUGGUAUUGUGUGCUAAUAUAGUGGUCGUGCACUUAUCACUUGUGAGAGUAGACUUAACAGGAAGCUGACCUGUGGCUUUAAAGAACUAGACUUGGAGCUGAUCCUUUGUGGUCAGAGGUACAGAAACCCAAUCAACAAACCAAGCUAAAACCUCAUUUGUCCAUACCAGAAUAACUCGAUUAAACAUGAUGUAGUUAUUAAGGCUUAGAUCCAGCAAACUCAACCAUCUGAUUCACAUCAUGUGAUUAUGAUGACCCCUUGUUUGUGGUGGUGUUGUCCUAAACAAAGGCUGACAAUGAGGAAGACGAAGAUAAAGAAGAGAAUAGUUAAUUAUCGGCCAAAACAGCAAGUCUCACUUCCACUGGCUUAUUUAUCAUUUCAACAAUAGAGCAACAUGGUCUCAGGGUUUCUGCUUUUGCUUUGGAGGUCAUGUGUUUCACUUCCUGCUUUUAGUUCAUGAGAUGCUCUGCUUUGCUUUCACACCUCAAACAAACUGCACCAGAGUUCACCUAGAAGUGAUCCAAGACCUCUGUCUUCAAACAGACUAGAGUUCACUUUUUUUGGUCCACACCAGUGUUGGUUUGAGCUUUCCCACCCCAAUGAAACUACCGAACUAUCUGAGAAUUUGGCGGGCUGUGUUUAUCACUUCACUUUGAUCCAUCAAAACCUCUUGAUAAGAGUUCUGAACAGCAAGAGCAAUCCCAGGGAGUGAUCAAGCAAGUUAUAUCAAAAUCAUCCAGAUAAAGAAGCUAGGCAUGUUUUUAAGGAGCUGUGCAAAAGGGACAUCCACCAAACUGAAGAAAACAGACAUUAAGAAAACACAAACUUCAACACAGUGUGGGUUUUCAUAGGACUGGUUGAGUGAUAAGAAAAUGCCUACAGAAAAUUUAAAGAGGAGAAAAUCUUGUAGCCUGACAACAAGAAGAUUGUUGUUGAAGAGUUACCAACCGUUUAUUCUGAUUGAUAGGUUUUCAAACAGAAAAAUAAUAUUAAGAAGAAUAAUAAUAUUAAUAUCAUUUUUAAUCAAUUUAUUGCUAACUUGCUUAAAACUUACAUUGGUAAUCAUGUAGUAAGAUAAACAUUAUCUUACAUUAGCAAUAAAUGUUUACAGAUUUUUGUCUUUGUUUUUUUAAUAUUUUCAAUUUUUGCACUGUGCAUAAUUGCAUUUCUAUACUGUACCAGGAAUCACCUCCUCCAGGACAUUUCAGUUUUCCACACUGAGUCUAAACUCUUCUUAACACGGACAGCAUCAGUUCUCCGCCCACUGCCUUGCUGUGACAGCUUCAGAUUAUUACUCUCUGCAAUCGCACAACCUUCCCCCGACUCGACAAAACAUUUUAUUUGGGGGCUGACAGGAAAGAGUUUGUUUUGAGUCAACUUGAACAUGUCUAGCAGUUAUAUUAACACACGCAACCCUCUGAGAUAAUGUUGUGGAUAUGUAAAGGGGUCUUAAGACUAUGAAGUCAUUUAUAAAUGCAAAUGAGUUUAUUGGAAAUGGAGAAUGAUGUUUGGGAUGGAGCAAUGAUGGGGGGUCGAGAUUGAAAGUGGGAACAAAUGAGAGUUGAGAGUGAGGCUGAUAAAAUGAGGGUCAAACAAGGAUCGAUAGAAGUGAAGAAAAAUGCUGUGGAAGGAAGCACUGGGAGUGAGAGUCGGUGUGGGGGUGAUGACUAGAUGAGGUUUCCUGGUUUUAUUGUCCCCCUUGUGGUUGCUGUAAUGAGUGAGAUGGAGGUGAGGAAGCUCAGAAGAGAGGAUUAGAUAGCUGAGGGAUGUGAGUGCGAGGAAGUGUGUCAGAGACAGUGGUUUGCCUCGUGUUGGAUCAGACCGAGGAUUGGUCUUUUGCUUUCCCUCAGACGACUUAACAGACAACCUUGAUUAAGAAUGAAUUCAUAACCUGGUGUUCAAAAGACAGCGCUGAUAACUGUUGCUCCUUUUGUUCCAUCUAUCCUAUUAUAGUUGUGAAGUGUUGAAAAUGUUGCACUUGAUUCAAAACAGACCAAAAGAAAACAGAAAAGUGGCAUACAAACAGAAUAAUGAUACCACUGAGAUACCAUAUUUUUAUUCAUAUUGUAUUUUAUCACAGUGAAUAUUAUCACAUUGUAUCCAAUUUUGUUGAAAUGUAACACAACAUAACAUACCAUAACAUAAUCCUUCAUGUUAUAUGUGAUUUUAACUUGUUGUAUCCUACCAUAGACUGUAUAUAGAAUGGACGGCUUCUGCCUCCUUGCUGGAUGAAGCCACUUCGAGAACAGCACCCUCUGGUGACGGGCUGCAGUAUAGGUCAUAAAUCCUGCCUCCUCCAGCAAAGCUUAUGGAGCUGUGGACAAACUUUAGAAAUUUAUCAUACAGAAUAUACAUUUUUCUCCCCCCUGCUUGUGAUGUUGACAUUUAGUUAUUGUAAGACUGGUUUGUGCUCAAGUCCUCUUUUGUCUGUACAGCUCCAUUUUUAAAAGUUAUUAGGGGGUUCAAGUUUUCCAUGAUUACUUGAUACAGCCUACGGGCAUACAAAGAUUGCGUAGCUUACCAGGGGAUACGCUGUUUGAGCCGAGCGUUACCACAGGGACUCUCCUGUCGAAUGCGUACAAUGCUGCUGCGUGAUGUUGGUUUCAGGAAGUGGAGGAAAAUCGCGGAAACGCCGAGAGCUUUUUGACAUUUUUUUGCUGGCAUACAAACUUGGUAAUAAAAAAAAGACUUUUGUUUUUUGGGUGAACUUUUCCUUUAAGGUCAUUUAAAAUAAAUCUGUUGUCUUAUCAUACUGUAUCAUAACAUAAUGUAAAGCAGCAUUUUGUGUCACAAAGUAACAUGCUGUUUAUUUAGCAUCAUGUUGUAUCUGGCCCAUCAUAUACCCAACUAAGUCAUAGCCAGCAGUUAGCACCUUUCUUCAGCCAGUCACGAUGAGGACUUGUUAUUCUGCUAAAUUCUCUUUAAACUUUCAUUAUUCUGAAGACUGCUGUGAUUUCUCUAAAACUUAAUUUUGAUGGAUGAUUCAUGAUUGUGAAAACAGUAGUUGGCAAAACAGUCUAACUCCAUCUCAUGUCUCUCAUUUGCUCUGGAGAACCUCGACACUAUUGCACAGUCUUCUGCUUUGAUUAUAUUCAGACAAAAUCUCUGCAAUGAGUGAGUAACUGGACAGAAGACCCAACUGCUGUGUCCAAGGUCGAAGUUUACAGGCCCCAUUAAAACAACACUAACUGUGAUUCCUCCCCCCAUGCCUGUUUUUCGGAUCCUUCCUGUUUGUUAAUGGAUUUUUUGGGGAUUGGCCGUUUGUUUUUCAUCCUUGAAGUACAAAUCCUCACUGAAUAAAUUAAUGAAACCCAGCGUUUUGCAUAUUCCAGUACAAGAAAACAGUCUGACAUUUUAUUAAUCCAAUUUUUGUUUGAAACAAUGGGCUGUUUCAUACCCACAGACAUUUUCAUUUUAAAGCGCUGAUGAAGAUAAACAUCUCUGUUAAAUCCAAGCUGAAAACGUCCCCUGCUGUACAACAUGCAACACAUUUUCUGCCUGAAUCCCCCCGCUGUUUUCCAACCAUCAUUCACGGCAAAAGGAUGGUGUCGCCAUUAAAAAUCCAUGAAAGGCUAUUGAUUCUCUUUCAGACAGCUUCAUUUCCAAAUGCUUGUCAAUGAUUAAGAGACGCACGGAGGUAAUUGCAUUCUCAUUCACACCAGUUCAUUUAUUUCCACAUGUUGGUGUAAUUGUGUGCUGUAAUUGAUUUUUUGAAUCUAUCCGUCCUCAAGGAGUACUGGAGGGAACUUGUGUGGAAUUGAAAUGAAGGAGCUUUAAUUGGGAAGCUUUGAUUGUGUGAGGCUUGUGUUUUGCGUAGGCCACAUGCUGUUUUGGCUUGUGUCUAUUAUUGUUUUAUGAACUUGAAAUGAUAACAGAUUAGAAGGGGAAGAAAAAUGGGGUUGAUGAGUUGUAAUAAAUAAGAAGCUACUGCCAGUAUUUGGUUAGUUUGAAUUAGUGCUGACAGGAAACAGAGGGUGUAAGCAUAACAACAGCAGCUCUCUAACAAUCACUUAUUACACAUCCUGAAGUGGAUCAUUUUUAUGAACAUAUCCUGGUUGUUGUUGAUGUUGCGGUAAAGGCUUAUGCUCACUGGUCGCAGCUGGGAAAUCAAAGUUUUUGGAAAUCCCCACUGCUAGGACAAAAAAUAAGUACAGUGUGCACAUCUAGAGGUCGGACUCCAGAUUUACCCCUGCCGUCGGUAAAGCAAUAGUAGCCUUUGGGGACAAGUGUUUACUGCAAUAAGUAUGAUCCUCUACACAUUUCAUCUGCACACAACACCUGUCUUCUUCAUCCUCCAAUUGUUGUGUUACACAGCAGCUCACUAAAUACAGAAGCAUGAUGUUUGUCCAAUUGAUGCUGCUGCAGUGCAUGAUGGCGGUCUCUGCAAAAAGGGACCUGCCUCCAUGCUGAUAUAAAAGGCUCAAGACCUAAAUAUUUUUUUAAUUGAUUUGAACAUAUUUAUGAAAAAUGCACCAAUGACCUAGUCGUACAAUUCUUGCAAAGCUUGUUAGCAGCUGCAUUUUUAUCUACUGCUCAUGUGCAGAAGUGAUGUCUGUGCUGUCGUCUAAAGGCUAAAACAUACAGGAUGCGUAUUUGGAGCGUGGCAGCAGCGUUGUGUUUCACGCAGCAAAUAGGUUGCCAUUCUAGUCAAUGCAGCAAAGCAUACAGGACACGUAUCAACUCAGUGGCAGCAUCAUAUUGAGAGGAGCACUGCUAAAGAUAUGCGGCGAGUCCAUUUUUGCCGCUCUACGGUUCCAAUGCCCGUCAAUCCACACAGAGAAGAUCAUUCUAGACAGGAAGUCAAGCACGCAAACCGUGCAUGUCAUCCAAUAUUUCAAAAUAAAACAACAUAUGCAAACUCCCGACUAAGUAUCAGUUCGUGUAGCUGAGAAAUACUUCCUGGUUCUGGAUUUAUCAGUAACACAGAACAACCUGAUGGUCAAUCCCUGAUCCAUGUGGACCCCAACAGGACUUUUAACUGCUAACUCUGUCUGAAGCUAACAGCACAGCGUAAAGGAACAUAGUUUACUUUAUUAAACACGAGUGAACCUGCAAAAACUGAAACUGUAAAAUCAUGCACAGUCACUGAAUUAUAUCCAAAUAAGCAGGAAAUAGACCACAGAAAAGCAAAACAACCUGUUGUGAGAAUGUUGUUUCUUCUACACUGAGCCCAGCUGACCGGGGCUGUACUAUGCUGCUGCUACGCUCCAAAUACUGCAUCCUGUGUGCAAUACCUAAUGCUGCUCUACGGAGCAAAUACGGAACGCGCUCAAUACGGAUCCUGUAUGUUUUUGGCUUACCCGUUAACAAGGAAGAAAGCAGAGGAAUUUCCUUGAACCCUCACCAUUCUUUUGCAUGAUUUCUAUACGAUUUCCCCGUGAAAGUCACGAAUUGUUACAUGUUACAUGUUUCUUUUAUAUCAUAAUAACAUGUGAUUUAUUACCAUAUGUAGUGAUGUCCCACCUAACUUGGAUGUCAAAUCUUCAUAUUCGUCUGUCCUCAAUAUAACUCUACUAGUAAACUUAAAGUCCUGUUCUUAAUCAACUCUUUUUUUCCAGGUCUACAUAUGUUACAGCUGAAAGAAAGAGUUAGUCCAUUACAUGGUACAAAUGAAACAAUGAGGAAUGGUGCAAACUGUGGAGUGUAAAUCAAUAGUCUCUAAUGGAUAGCUGUGACAGCUGCAACACUUAACAGAGGAAAAUGUGAGAACAGUUGCAGCGAUAAUUUAACAAUACCAGUUUGAAAAUACUCCUUUGCUGAGGUCUGAGCAGAUGUCUGGGUGUUGUUGCUGUGAACAUGUUAAGCCUCCACCUGUUCUUCUCCCUCAUUUAUCUGUUCCUCAUUUCUGCAACAGGAGAUCUUCCUCGUCGUCUUCUUCGGGGUGGAGUACUUAGUGCGCCUCUGGUCAGCGGGCUGCCGCAGUAAAUAUGUUGGCAUCUGUGGACGACUACGCUUUGCCAGGAAGCCAAUCUCUGUAAUAGGUGGGAAUACAUGCCAAUACACACACACAUCUGUAUGCAUGCAGACAAACAGACCUAUCACUUCCCACCCACACGCAUUAUUUCAACAAUAUCUGUAAUAUAUCCUGAGCUUCAACCCAAAAUGAAAUAUCUCAGACAAAUUCAGCAUGAAAUUAAACCGUCACCGCAAUAUUAUUUUCUACCUUCAGCUUUUUAUUGUUCAAAUUGUAAUCUCCAUGUGAUUUUUGUUUUUGUAUUAUACAUGCAGGAUUUAAAAUUGGCAUUUAAUAUUAUUUGAAACCCCUCUCACCUCAGUAGAAUUAGAGAUGAAACCUACGUUAGUGUCUUGAUGCAGCACCAGCCAUCCCCGUUUUAAUAUCUGUGCUAUUUGCUUUGACUUUUUCCGAGCUCGUAAUGAAGACAGUGCUCAUAUUUUUCCUGCUGCACAUCCGUAUGGCGAACAUCUGUGUAAUAGACAAUAUUUCAAUCUCUGUUUGUACAGAUCUGAUCGUGGUUGUCGCCUCAAUUUUCGUACUGUUAGUGGGCUCUAAAGGCCAGGUCUUCGCCACUUCUGCUGUCAGGUAAGAGACAAAGAGUGUGCAGGUGGCAACAGUAUCACAGAAAGUAUGUGGGUGUGUUACUGGACCGGCUUUUCGUGGUUCACGUAGGUGGCAUGCAACUUUAUUUUGGACAACAGUGUUUUUUUUGAUGUUGUGACAACUUUCUAAGCCCUCGACGUCUUCAAAAUAAGAAAACCUCCCCUGCACAAAGCUAGGUCUGUGAAAACAUGAUAUUCCUUCUUGGUGAAGAACUUACCUGACCUGCACAGAGCCCUGAACUUAAACCUGUUUCACACCCUUGGGAGGAGUUGGCAAACUGUGACUCAGGCCUUUACUCCAGAGGUGAACCUCACUGACACUGCAGAGGUUGAAUGAGAGGAAGCAAGGCUACAGUUUUUCACAAAAGCCUGAAACUAAAAAUGAGGAGAUAGUGGCGACAGGUGAUGAAUGUAAGGAAUGAACUGGGGAAGUCCACUACACUUUCUAAAAGUGCACAUAUCCUUACUCGAGAUGAGAUUCUUGAUAGAAAAAGAUUUGGUAAAUGUAGAAAUACGAUUUGAGCAGCCUUGGGUUCAAGUAAAAAGUACUGGCUCUGAAAUGUACUCACAGUAUGAGUAGAGGUGCACCUAUCCGAAAUUUGGAUCAGCUAUCGGCUCCAAUAUUGACAAAUUAACUGGAUUGAAUAUCUGAUGAAUAAUGCUGAUCCAGCGUUCUGAUCCAGUCUUGUUUUUCUUUUAAUGAAUAUCAUACACAGCAGCACAGCGAUUCUGUUCGCUCUGUAUUCUAUAUCUGUCUAUCCUUUUGCACUAAAUGUUUACAUGGAAGUCUAACUUCUUUUUGCUGUGUGCUAAUGUGCAAUUUGUAUUUGUUGAUAUAUAUUAUUAAGUAAAUUUAUAUCUAUGUAAAUUUGUUACCUUUUUUUUUUAACAAGGCUAAAGUCAAGCCUCACAGGGCAAGGUAUACAGUUCAUUCAUUUAACAUAUUGGCCGAUACGCUCAGCCCAGGUAUCGGUAUCAGAUUGGAUUGGAAAAAAAUGGAUUGGUGCAUCUCUAAGUAUGAGUAGAGAGGCUAUUCUAUGAAAGAGGUCUCUGGUUGUCUGUAGAAGUAACUGAUCUCCAAAGUCACAUGACAUCCUCGCUUGAAAAUAAGAGAAGACAUAUUGCAGUAGCUAUGCUCUAUUUUGCACCAGAAGAUACAAGCAUAAAUUUUAAUGACUUGAAACUUUUUCCGUCUUAACUUCUCAACUUCUCUCUUGUGCAUUUUACUUUCUAUACAGUGAGUAAACAAUAAUACCUGCAUUCAUUUAGGCUGUAGAUAACCUAAGCAUUUAAACCCCGGUGUUAUUUUUCAGAGGGAUUCGCUUCCUCCAGAUCCUGCGAAUGCUCCAUGUGGACCGUCAGGGUGGAACCUGGCGUCUCCUGGGCUCUGUCGUCUACAUGCAUCGGCAGGUAAGCAUUCACAGGUUUUUUUAAAAUACAUCACAUAUAAGGCCCAAAGCUAUCAGAGGCUCUGAUAAUUAUUAUUAACAAGCUGCAGGCUUUCUGUCUGGGGAUUUGAAGCUCCUCAUUGUCAUGCAGUAUUUUUCACCACUACAAGGUGCAGCCUGCACAUGGGAAUACGUUUUUCAGUAAGAAGAAUACACUGCGUAGCUAGAAGAAAAGAGCCACUGUGCAGUUUUGUUAGGGUCAUACACUGCUCUGCUGGAGUUGACUGCAGCCCCUCCAGAGUAUCAUUCAGCUGAGACACAAGGGUGGAUGCGAUUAUCCCCACUGGCUGCUGUAAUUCUCUUCCAUGUCUGUGUAAAAACAGAGUGAUGAAGGUGAACAGAGUGGCCGGGCUGUUGCUCAGCUACUACUGCUGCUGUGCUUCCUUGUAUUGGCCUUGGAUGAUGACCAUGUUGCUCCUGGCUGAAACCGGUCAUCAGCAGCUUUUGACCUCAGUAGAAAAGAGAGUGACUGUCAGUGUGGGAUGAUAAUGGUGCCUUUCCACGCUGAUUCCUUCCAGCUAGCUAUGGGGUAUCACUCUGCAUGAAGUCAAAUUUGUGGCUGCACAGAGCAGCUUCAGAAAAACAGGAAAUGUCUGUCACCAUGGAUACUGAUGGAUCACAUUUAAACUAGUGUCCAGCAUCCCCCAGUUGAUUUCUGAGCACUUUAAUAGUUUAUUUAUGAACUCUUAAUUCAUAGAAGAGACCUCAUGUUUGGAUAUGUCACUUAUCAAAUGGAUAAGUUAGUGUUAUAUUUCAGUUAUGUAAAAUUGACUUUUUUUUGUUGAACCUGUCAUAAAAUCUGUGAAUGUAAAGGCUGAUGGUCCUUCAUGUUUUUCUACCUUUGACCUCUCAAAGUAAAACACUCAGUACGUUUACAUGACACUCGAGAAAACCAAAUUAUUGCCUUUCUCCGAUUAAGACAACUGAAGUGCAUGUAAACACCUUAGUCUGACUAUCAUCAGAGUUUGAGAACUUCGAUUGGAGUCGGACAACUCAGAUUAAGACAGCCAGAUAAUGUGAUUGGAAUUCAAUUUUCUCUACCAUGUAACCAGGGCAGUCAGAGUAUGAUUGGACAAUGCAUGUGUGUGUGCGCAACGCACCCGUAACCUGUGACAAAAACACCAGAGAAGAGGAGUAGCGUGCACCUCAUCUGCAGAAAAAGUAGUGCGUACAUCAUGUAUGACAAAAACAACGCUGUAUGAUGCUCCAUCUUCUUGCUUGAAAGUGCCCAGCAGCAGUUGUAGCCACGUCUGACGUCUGGCACGGACCUGCUGUUGUUGUUGACAGCGCAGCUGGAAAGACCCAUAUCGCCCCCUAGUUUUGGGCAGGAGGACACACUCACAUCAAUAAUUCGAUUUUCUCAGCUGCAUGUAUACGCAGACAAGGAGAGAAGUCCGGUUUGGCAAAAUAAUAAUAAUAAUAAUAAUGAGCUUAGUCUAAUUAAGCUGUGCAUGUAAACGCACUGACUGUUUGCUUGGUGCAUGAGUUAAGGCCUGAAGUGAACUGUUAGCAGGUUUUGAUGAGUUUUUCUAUUUUGGUUUGAGGGGGGAAAGUCAGGGAUGGCAUAAACCCCUGAAAACUGCCAUUUAUGCGUACAUACGCAUAGGCAGGUAUAAAGGUAGGAUCAGAAAUAUUCUGCGAUAUCAAGUGGUUCGAUUUUUGAUUGAAUCUGUCCAAAAUUUGUGAUGGUUGAGGUGGGGUACAAUUACGACUUGUUGCAAGACGGUUGCAAAUUCAGAGCAAUAAGUAAUUCAAAUUUGCAAAUUAGACUUCCCCUGUAUGUCUUUGAACUGUGAUAAGGAGCCACAGUGUGACAGAAAACCCACACAGACAAAGUAAGAACACACGAACGCCACACAGAAAGAUGACAGGGAGUCCAACAAGUAGAUUCAAGAGCCUCUCUGGUGUGAGACGACACUGUUAACCGCAGCACCAGUAAGCCGAUCAUCACAGAAUAAUUUGUUUUCCAAAUUCCAUCAUUCAUGUUGUGAACCUCUCAGAUAAAUCAUUCACAGGCUGGUAACGUGCUGUUCAGACUACACACAAAACUGAGAUACAAUUUUAAGAAGUGGUAUGCUCGCGGAGAAUAAAACAGCAGCAUUGUUGUAGACCCUUUGGAGGAUGAAACAGCCUGCCCUACCACACACUAGUCAGCUUAAGAUGGAACUUUAUGGGGCACAGCUUCACACAAAAUACUUAAAUUGAAGCAGAGGUGAGAUUCUGAGUGUGUAACGUGUGACAGAGGGAGAUUGACAUUGGCAGGGGCAGGGUUAUACUUAGUCCUGAUUGGGCUUUAAAGGCUUCACAGACUUAGAUGUGUCAGGUAGAGAUAGCUUUUCUCUGAGAGCUUGGUUCUUUUUUUCUCUUUUUUGUCCUUUUUGCACUUUAAACUACUUUAUGGGCUUUAGAGCCUUGAUAUGCUAAAAUCCUCCACACUUCUGCGCGGGAAAAAUAUAGUCUGCUAUCAUACAGAAGGCAUUAGAGUAGAGGUCAAAUACCCAUCAACCAGCUGGACACCAGCAUGCGCUGCUUUCACUGUUUGUUCCUCAGUGAUUUUCUAAAUUUUCGCUUAAGUCAACAACAGACCUGAUAGUUUGUUUAGCAAUUCUCACACACGCACACACACACAGAAGUGCAGCUUUUCUGUGUUAGCAGCUGGAGCUUUUAAAGUCAAUGAAGUUUCAUUUACUUCAAUCAGUAGCCAGUCUUCGUAUUGAAACUGCAUCUAAAUACACACUGAGCAGCAGGUAGUGCUUGUGGGUUGUAAACACAAUUUGCACAGUUGCUCCUCGCCGGUGGAUUGGAAGCACACGUCUCCUGAAUGAGUUUGCCAGGUCACAGCGGCAGCAUCUAUAUUUACUAAACCUCAGGUAGUGACUCCAGGAAGUUUUACUUGAAUGCAUUUGAAGCUGCUAUAUCCUGGAAAUUUGCACUUAUAAGCUGCAACCGAGGUAUUGGUAAAAGGUGAUGCACUGCUGGAGUUUGAUGCUCAAACUUUUUUAAAUGGGGUGGUGAUCUGAAGGAUUACUGGCAGGUUUAACAUCAGUGAAAGACAUAACAGUAUAGGGGAAUAUCAUGAUAGGUUAAAGAUAUUUUAAGGGAGAUGGACUAUUCCUGGAUUGUGUUUUUGCAUUAAUCUGCUGCCUCUGCUCUGAAAAAUUUGGGAGUGACAGUUUUGGGCCGAGAGACGAACGAGAACUUCACUCAUCAGGAAGUCAGUCCGAUUUAGUGCAGUGGGUGCUCUGACACUCUGAGUGGCUAAACAUGGUUUAAAUCUCAAAUAAGGUGAUUGCAGAAAGAACAUUUGCGUUAAGAGAUUCUCCACAAAGAAGUCUUCCAACAACAGUCGGACAGGAUUACAGCCGAGCCCAAUUAGACCUCCUGAGCAAAGCAAACAGCAGACGGUUCCUUAUUCAAUCCGCAAUAAGAUGCUUUAUAAAUAUUUGAUACACACCAGGAGAGAUCAACUGUCUGGCUUUCAAACGGAUUUAUAAUGAUUAUGUAUUCAUCUGAAUUCAAUCAAUGCCCCUCCGGUGAUCAGAGCUCAUUUCUGAGAGUAUUUUAAGCUUCAUCUUAGAUGCACUUAUGGUUCUUUUUUGGCUGCAUAAAACAUCAAGGUGUGUUUUUUUUAUGUUGUUCACCUCAGUUGUCAGAUAAGAAUGAAAGUUUGAAUAAUGCAAUCCCUGUUAAUAAAAGAAAAUAAUAAAUAUUUCCUCUGAUUUUCACUGAAGAAAACAUUAAACUCCUCCAGCAACCAAGAAGCUGUAAACAUUUGCGUCUAUUUUUAGUCAAGGACAAAAAAUAAAUUCCAAUCACAUAGCCUUCAAAUAUUGACUAAUACGAUUUAUUUAAGGUUAAAAGAAGUGAUACCGAGAUUGACAGUGCGUAUGAUUAACAAUGCAACUUUGCAGAGUGGGUGUUUGUCCUGAUGCUGUUUACCAAAGCAGCUCGUCCCAACAUGAAUAAUGUUCUUGUUUGUUUGAAACACAGGAGGUCCCCAGAUGAAUUUAGCAUACGGUAAAAAAAAAAAAAAAAAAAAAAAAAACAAUUAUAAAGACAGCAAAAAAAUCAACAAGAACAAGCCCAGUGCAUCCGGGAAAAGUUAAUUUCAUUCUACAAAUUUUAAGAGCUGAGUGGGCGUUUUUUAAACACCAUGCUACACGUGGUGAUGUCUUCACAGAGUUGAAGACAGUUUGGAUGCAGUCAAAUGUGUUUGUAUGUGUAAGUACAAGACACUUAAUCACAGCUGGAGUUUUGAGUUGUGUUGAUUUUGUUCUCAGUGCACAACAAGGAAUCUCUUUAUUUUUCGCUGACUCAGCCCUGUACAUGUGCGUAAACCUGCAUUUUACCGUUAAACUUGGUGUAUAAGACAGGGUGUUGAUACCUUUUUUUUUUCCAAGAUACACUAUACACUGGUGUGACCAUUAUAACAUUAUGAAAUAAAAAGAGAUUUUUAGUUGUGCUAUGAAAUUUACCUGGAAGAUGGCACUCAAACAUGCAUGCAAACAACACAGACUAGUCCAGAGGCGCAAUUUUCUAAUGCUUUUCUGUCCCAUAAGGUCAAAAUCAUGCAUUUAAAGAAAACUUAAGUACUCUAGUAAUUCAGUAAAUCUAGGUUUGAUGGUGAUUCGAUUUAAAUGACUUGUAAAUUUACGAUGGUGGGUUGGCAAUUAUAGAUGGUGCUCGUAAAAGCUUUGUAUCUGCACAGAAAAUAUAUGUUGAUGAAUACUAUAGGAGUUUUCAUGCAGGAAGACAGUCAAAACCUUUUUUCCCUCUGGGCUCCUAGACCCUUCAAAAUCAUUCUGCACCUUUAUAAACUGGUGUUACUCAUACUCUGGGUUUUGUGUUAAACUGUUGGCCCCCUUCACCCAUUUCCAUACCACCUUUAGCUCUCAUCAGAGCCUGUCAACAAUAAUGCUGGUGGUGGCACUGCUAUUUCAUACCAGUCCAGUACAUCAGAAAAGGCACAGCAAAAACUUUUUUAAGAGAAAUAAGAAAUAAGUUUUCUGCUGAGAUUGGAAUGGGUUUUCUGCUGCAGGUGAAGGCAUUCCUACUGAUAAUGCGCUCCAAAAUUACUUACCUGCAAAGAUCGCUGAUUGCACUUUUAACCUGCAGAGGGAUUGUCCUUUUUGAAACAGCUGGUACGAUUUGUUUCUGUUGUGAGACUCCAGCCUGCAGUCCAUGUUAUACACUUCACUGAUCGAGUUACACUAGACUGCAUGAUCACCAGAUAACAGUUCGUUUCAAACAUUUCUUCUGUGUACAUGAACAUAGAGAGCUGCAGUGCUGCCAACUCAUCAGGAAGGUGGCUGUCCCAGAAGUCACUAGAUGACAUCAUCGCCUAAUUUGCAUCAUAGCCCUUUUGUAUGUCAUUGUCAUGGACGCUGUUGGAGAGAGGAAUAGUGUCAUUAGAGAGAUUUAGGCCCAGUCCACAUGAAAAUGAAUUCAGGGGUAAAUGCAAAGUUUUACGUCAUAUUGGUGUCAUUUGAUUUCAUUGAUACAGAAAUGGCGAUUCAGAUGUCUGUAAACGAUACUUUUUGAAAAUGGGUCCCAAAGUGGAUAAAUACGACGACAGCUUCAUCUCUGCAUGGAUGCCUGUCCACGUCUUUCUUGAAACAGUGAUGCCACACACAACGUAACUCUCUUAAGGCACUUGUUCCAAAACAACCUUUGUAUGCAUGCUCUGUACUCUUCUUCUGUCUUUUGGUACAUUUCCUGGGUAACGUUACAGCACCACUUACUGGCUUGGCAUGUGAACUACAUUUUCUCAAUCGUUUUCAGUUGUUUUGUAUUUUCGCAGAUAUUUCCUGAAACAAUCCAUUUUUACAAACAACGUUUUCAAAAUGAACUGACAUAUCUUUUUCGUCUCCGUGCGGACAAGACCUUAAAGUGGGUUAAAAACUACAAAUGAUGUGCAAUUUUCAUUUUUUCAAUGUCAAAAUAACAACCUUCCUCCUUGAUCCUGGCUUGGGACCGGCAUAAGUUACCCAAAAGAGACACUAUGGGGGAGUUUUUAUCUGCAGAUCUGUCACGAACUUUGUAGGCUGAGGCCGCCUGCAACUAAAUUCAAAAUCAGAAGAUAGACCUCAGAUUCCAGACAAAUGAAUUUCCCUUUAGGGAUCAAUUAAUUUCUUGAAUUGUAUUGUAUUGUAAGUUUGUCGUGUAACAAAGGAUGGUGCUAAUUAGCUAUGAAGGCUUCUUAUUUUUAGGUUUAACCAGGCCUCCAUUCGCAUGAUUUGAGAUGCAUAUAUGCUGUUUUAUUGCAGCUGAACUUGAUUCAAAGUCAAAAGCAACAUAGUAUAUAAACUCAUGCCCUGAAAUGAGACACUGGACAAUAAAUUAAUGGUUAACCAAAAAAAUAUGACAGCAAAAGUUGCAGGUAGAGGCUAAAGCUGGGGUGACAGAUUAACUGGAGAAAUGUUACAGCAGAAAAUCUUGAUAAAAUGGACAAAAAUCUUGCAAGGGAGGAGUGUAAGUGGAUAUUACUACACUAAAACAAACAGGGAAGGAGAAACCAGUGAGUAAGGCAGAGUAAGGGCACAGCUACACAUUUGCAGAUACAGGGGGGAGACCCUUACAUGCUGGGGCUAAAUGUGUACCUUGUUUUGCUGAAUGUCAACGGUGCAAAGUGAGGUCAACCACACACUCGUGUGCUGUUGCUUCAGGACAUACUUGUAAAAGCAAAAGAAAGUGGUUGAACUUCGUGUAAAGUGGCGAUGCGAGUGUGCAUUGCCAUUAGAUGAAAAUGUUUUAUUCACCUGCUCAGUGGCAUGUAUCAGUGACCGUGCUUUAAUGAGGCAGAGUUGGUUUUUGCAAGAAUAAAUUAAAGAUUAGAAAGACUUUGUGACAGCGAAUCUGUGUGAGUUUUAUUUUUUAAACAUGAAAAUUGAUCUUUGGGACACAUUUGGAGAAGAUUUUCCUCCAACAGCAAGCCCAGACCUGUGAGCCACAAGCAAGGAGUAAGAAAGUACGAAGAAGUGGACUAUACAUUGGUGGAUUCAGUCUUCACAGGAAUUUUUUAGACCCUUCAAAAAUGUUUUAAUAAUUUCAGCCCCAUCCUUUAAUAUGAUAAUGAUUUUCAAUGUGGUAGGAAGCUACUGAGCUUAAAGUGAGUGUGAAACCAUUUUUAGUGUUCAAGCAGAGAGAGCUUAACACUGUGAGGAAAAUUCAAUCAUCACAUUCAAAACACAUUUACAUGAAUAUUCACAUCCAUAUGUCACAGAACAGGCCAACACAGCCACACAUUCCAGGCAGUUAACUGGUAGACUUGGUAUAUUGUGACAGCGGAUAUUGCACCAUUGCACAACUAAAUACACGUAGAUCCACAGAUGUUCUAACAUUUUAACCUUUUGUCUCCCUAAAAAUGAUUCUUCUUCUGCUCUGAGAUAAUCUGCCUGUUAUCAUGUCCCGUGUGUGUUUUUUUUUAUAUUUCAGGAGCUGAUCACAACAUUGUACAUUGGAUUUCUGAGCCUGAUCUUUGCCUCCUACUUCGUCUACCUGGUAGAGCGACAAAAUGCUGAGUCUUCCUUUGGAAGCUAUGCUGAUGCCCUCUGGUGGGGAGUGGUAAGUGAUAAUCUUAAGAGUGUGUGUGUGUGUGUGUGUGUGUGUGUGUGUGUGUGUGUGUGUGUGUGUGUGUGUGUGUGUGUGUGUGUGUGUGUGUGUGUGUGUUUCACACAAUGUCCCAAAUUUAGCGGAAUAGGGGUUGUAGUUUAAAGAGGUCAAGUGUGCAUACAAUGGUCAGGUUAGGAUGGGGGCUGUAUUAUCAUGAGUUUGAACAGUUGAAUAUGAACUUUUCUGUACGAACUUUAUGAACUCACCAGAGUUAUUUUAAAACGUACUCUUAAUAAAUAAGUAAUAAACAGUGAAAGAACAGCAAUGAUACACCCUAUAAGCAGACAAUUUAAAACUCAGUCUGCGGUGAAGUGGGCUUCCCAGAAACAAAGCUAUGAACUUUGGCUUAAAAGAAACCACAAAUAAACUAGAUUCAGUCCUUACCCCGAUUCUGGUCUCACUGUUUGAUAAAUAUUACAGUCAGGUCAUGUUUGGUGUCCAACAUGUAUGACGAAAUCUCAUAAUUUAGUUUAAGAAUUAGGGCACUGCUGGCCUAGCAGUGUAGUCCAUGCCCGCCCCAUAUACAGAGAUUGUGCCCCAACUUGUAGCUCUUGUCUCCAGGUCACUCCCUGGACUCUGCACACAUUCCCAGCUCUGUCCACUGUCCUCACUAACUUAAGACAAAAAAGUUUAAAAUUUAUUUUUUUAAAGUUACAUUUUUCGAGUUUAAGAAUGUGUACAGUUCUUUAUGACACGAGGGGCUCAAAUGCUGAAUUCCUUCCCUUGUCAGGUCUCUUGAAAGUUGUGCAAUUGGAAGAAAUAUAGUGUGCUGGAAGGGAGUCCUUGUAGAGACAGCAAGUAAAAUGAACUGUGUCUGAAAGAGAAUGAACUAAAGGUUUGGUGGACAGUGGUAUAAGCAAAAGAUAUUAACUUUUGGAGCUGUAAAUCAUGUGAAGCUACUGCAGAGGUCUCAAAGAGUUAUAUGAAGCCUUAAAAUAAGCAUAAUGAGGGUCAGCUAAUUAUCAUGCUUCAAUAAUUCUGGAAAUUCCCUUUCCUUCCUCUCCUUUUGUAGUUUAAUACUUUUCAUUGUUUUCAGUUUCAUUCUUGUGAUGAGUUUUAAUCUAAUACCAUAAUGAAAAUAGUCUGUUUUCUAUUACACUCAAGCUCUUCUAUUGACACAGAUUGUAAAUGUUAUUCAAAUACAGGUAUAAUGAUUUGUUUAAAUAAUAUUUCACUGACUUCUCUGUCUUCCCAAAAGUCAGAUUGUGCAGAAAACAUUGACUCUUCACAAACAGUUUUUUGAAAGUGAAAGGUCGAAUAUAGACUCUGUUUUAUCUGUACUACUGUUGUUACAGUAGGAGUAGUGUGAAAACCCUUGGGCACAUCCAGUGGGCUGCUAAUACAAACAACAACAAAAAAAAACAUGUUGUGUAGAGGGUACGGGAUGAGAUUUUAUUUUCAGACAAUAAGUCGCCACCCACACUGCUUCUUGGAAACUUCAGGGACUCUGAUAUUAAAAACCAUACACACACACAUACACACACACACACACACACACACACACACACACACACACAGAGCAGAGUUAUUACCACAACUCUUAUAUAUGAAGGUUUACAAUGUUUACACAUUAUUUACUGAGCGUUUUCUAAAGUCGGGGUCAACCCCUCUACACUUCAAGUUUGUAUUGAAAACUCACUGUGCGCAAAGACAUGAGUGAGAGUCAGGGGGUCAAAUGGUCUGAGGGAAACCAGAUUCUUGUGUAUUACAGAGAGGACUCACAGUUUAGCAGACAUGAAGUCGAGUUUAACACAACAGAACUCAGCCGAACAGCUGUACUCCGACAGCUGUAGCAUGCGUAACUGUCGAAAAAGGUCAAAUGCAUUUCAGUCAGGACCACUUUUUCCCCAAGACAUCUAAAUGCUAUAAACGAUAUUUAGUGCUUUAACUCUGUUCUGAGAGCUACCUGCCUUCCCACGUGCAAACACAAAACGCCAAGCCCAGGCAGGGAGAGCAGCAGCAAAGACCAUCAUUGUGAGGAACCAGUAAAGGAAAGGAGGAGCCAGGGUGGAGUUGUAGGACAAGCAGGAAGUGUAUGCAGGCUAGAUCAGCUUUAAUAGAAGGUUCAUUCUGUUGCACAGAAAAAUAUUCAGCUGGUAUUUAUAAUGAGUGAUGCUUAACUCGAAUUUUGACCUGUCUUAACUGGCACCAUGCUUAGUGAGUUUCAUCAAGAAUACAAAUAGACAAGAUGAAAAUAUUUGUAGUUUUUAUACUUUUAGGUUGUUUAAAAAGAAAUAUAGGAAUAACAGGUUGUUAGCAUUGGCAGUUGUUUCUAUAAUCACUCCUUCAGCAUUUUCCCUUUUCACUCAAACAAUGAGGGCAGGGACUGCAGAGUGCUAAGCAUGGCAUCACACGUGAUGUUUAUGCCUUGGGGCUCAUCUGGAGGUUCAAUGUGUUGCCCACAGGAGCUGGGUAUCAUACUGCAUAGACUGGGGAUUUGGCACUUGGGGAGGAGGACUGUCAUGUUGUUAAAAGCCUGUUUGUAGAGAAUGGAUUUCUUUCAGGUUAAGCAAUAGGAAGCUGUUUUUGACUAUCAAGUGAUAAAUAGUGCAAGUGCAGGUCCUCCCGGUCUCAAACUAGAGUGGAUGACUGCACAGCAGUGUGUUAUGAUGCUCUCUAAAGAGCAAAGGUAGAAAUCGAUCAUCAGUUUUCUGAGGUGUCUGCUGCACUUCAGAGUCCCUCUGAAGGGAGGUGUUCAAACACCAGGUCAGGUCGGGAGGAACAUGAACAUAAAAGAACAGAAAACUGACGACCCGAUCCACUUCUUCGCCAUUGAUUCAGAAUCAAGCCAGAUGUAUCUUGUUGAUUUUUUGUCCAAAGCCACUGUAGUUCUCAGUGUUAGGAUUGAUGUUGUCUGUCCCUUCAUCCCUAUUUAAGCAGGCUGUGAAAUAUUUCCUUAUAAAGUUAUGGUGCACCAAAAAGUUCUUUCAAUUCUUUUAAAUUCCUCCUUCUGUCAUAACUCUUUAAAGGCCAUUUUCGUUCAAUCAAUCCAUCAUUUGUUUUAGACUUAACUGCUUAGCUGACUAAACCAUUACAUUUGCACCCAACACGUAUGUUGUCUCAAGAAUGAAGUUUGGUUCUGUACUUCGGUGGUGCUCUGAUUUUUCAGCCAAUGACACCAUGUUUGGAGUAAAAUUUUCCAACAAUUAUUAAAAUACUAUGACAUUUUGCAAAGAGCUAUUGUUCUUAACUUUGGAUAAUAUUGUAGUCCAUCCUUUAACCAGGAAUAAUCUAAAGAGACUUAUCCUUGUUAUUUCAUUUCUGAUUAGUCACAUGUUCAAAGGUGAGAAAACACUCAAAUGUAGGCACAGAUAAGCAAGAUAUCACCACCAACAACCUUCAACCCUCCUUGCAGGAUGACAUGCAUAUGUCUGUGCUGGUUACACAUGGCUCUUAAAAAUAUUGUCAAUUUAACACACUCAUUUCAGGUGGUGAGUGUGUUGUACCAGGUAAACAUGAGCCUCGUAAGUGUGUGUUUAUAAGUUAGGAUUCACCUGGAGCGCCGCUGUGCACCGCAGGCUUUGGCGCUCCACAGUAGCUUCAAAUCAAAUUAUAUCCCAGAUCCCCUUUUUGUGUGAAGCCGUCAACUCUGUGACUGAUGACAAUUAUUUUUCAUGGUUAAUAUUUGCUCCUGGAGCGAGGCUCAAAUGUUAACAUGGGUUAGAAGAUUCCCUCCAGUGGUGUCACAUUAAAAACUGCCACUAAGCCUAAUUUUAUGCUCUGAACUUUAUAACUGCCAGAUUUCAUGCCAGUCACAUAUUUUUCCUCUCAUUAUUUCAAAAGGUGACAGUGACUACAAUUGGAUAUGGAGACAUAAUCCCAAUAACCUGGCUUGGAAAGGCGAUUGCAUCCUGUUUCUCCAUCUUUGCCAUUUCCUUCUUUGCUCUGCCCGCAGUAAGUGCAAAUACAAACUUAUGAACUUGGACAUUUUUCAGGCUCAUGUGCCUGAAAGUUAAUCAUGUUACCCUGAAGUUAAUCAUGUUUAACUUCUAACCAUUGUCAUUUUUUUCAUAUUGUCAAAAGAAACCAGUUUGAAACAUCUCUGACCUAAAUUAGACACUUUUCCCUUAGAUGAGUUACGGUCGGUCUUUUAAGUGCUUAUUAAGGAAACACAGAGAGCCUGAUUUGGGCUGAAGUGUAUCUAUGAUUUAUGUUUAAACCAGAUAUACUGUACAGUAUAUCAAAGCUGGCACUGACUUGUUUAACCUGCCACUGUGAGGAUUUAAAAGGACUGAAGAUUAGAUAACAGUUUUGAGACUUUUAUGUCCUUUUCAUAAUCUUGUACAGCUGUAAAGACCUUGACAAGACACACAAAAGCAUCUCAUUUUUAAUACAGAUCUUUUGCCAGGCUACUGAUAAAAGACUGAACGCAGUCUUAUUCAGAUGCUCUUCUCUUUGCAUCUGUUCACAUAUUUCUCCUUAGUCAAGCCAUUUUUUUUUGUGCAUAUUUUACAUCCUCUAACUCCGUAAAUGAGAGUGUAAGGACUUCAGCUUCUAUAGAGAUUUACAUUAACACAUGCCAUUGAUUUUAAUCCCAUUUACACCAAAUAUAGGUCGUAAAAAAUCGAAGAAUUAGAUAUUCUUCAGUUUUAAAGUAUUAGCGUCAUAAAUAGAGUACUUUGCAUCAUAUAGUUUGUAAUGUAAAGUGAAAUAAAAUGUAUAAAAACAAGACAUCCCUCAGAUCAAACACACUGAAGCCCUAACAAUAAACCACCCUGAGUGAAGCAAUGACUCAGGUUGUUAUGUUGAAUGCAUUAAUUUGGGGUAAUUAACAAGCCGAGUAAUAAACCUUAAUGUUUCAGUAUUAAACAGCAGAUUAUUCCAUCAUUUUUGGUUAACUUUGUGUUUAUUUCUGUCUCCGCCGCCUCCAAGUGUGUCGUUAAAACUGAAUUAAUGAGCAGUAUCUCUGCUGUGCUGUCUUUUACAGGGAAUCUUGGGCUCAGGCUUUGCCCUGAAGGUACAGCAGAAGCAAAGACAAAAACACUUCAAUAGGCAGAUCCCUGCAGCUGCCUGUCUCAUUCAGGUAUCCGUCCGUAAAAAUACACAAACAGAACCACAAUACAGCUGGGGGAAGUGAACUGUCUGCGAGCCCCCGUCUUAUUAUUGAGACCAUCCUUUCAUGUAACCAGUACUUUCUGUCUUGCAUGGCAGACAAGCCGGCGUGAAAUUUGUCCUGUCCAACCAAUAUAUUGCUUUCUUCAUGCCCCUCCAGACGGCGUGGAGAUGUUAUGCUGUGGAGAACUCUGAUUCUGCAACAUUCAGGAUGUUUUUGAAGAAGAAAUCCAACAUCCCCACCUCCUCUCUGUCCACACCCAAACCCAAGAAAUCGGUUAGUAAUCACUUGAAAAUUUUUUACCUGCUCCUUGUGUGCAGUUUCCAUGUUGUUGUGGGUAUCAAGGUCAAACUACUGCUUUCUGAAGCAGCAGCAGUGCAAACUCAAUCCUCUAAAAGGAUGUCAUUUCCUUUGGUUGUACUAAAGAGAAGCAUUGUUUUGACUUCAUGGUGACUUUAAGAUGGAGCUACAGUUUAACUUCUGUGAAAGGCAGUGCAUUAUCUAAAAAUGAAAAGGUCAGUGUCGUAAGAACAAGAACUGUCUUUUCCAGAGACUUUUUCUAUUAUUAAUCCUAUAACUGUUCACACUUAAAGAGAGAAAAAGAAAAGCAAAGAUGUGUUACCAAGACAACAGCCAGCAGCAACAUAAUAUUGAUAUUGAUUAUUCAGUAUAUCUUCUACUUGAGUUCAAUAUCAUGUCCUCACUAAUGUCUACAGUGUUUACAUGUCAAAAGGGUUCCCGGGAGACUUAGCAGAGCUUCAACUUUAUUACUUAAAGAUUUUAGUAUAACGGCAAUGUGAAAAAUGUACUAAAAAGUGAGUUAGGCUCAUAAUAGUUCAUCUAUCGCUGCACCUGGGCACUCAGUCAAACAAUUACUCAUUGCUCACAGAUGCACCUGGCAACAAAAAUAGAAAAUUACAUCAAUCAUGACUCCUUUAUUGUGUUAUUGAUUCUACCAGCACAAUAGAUAGGCAACCACAGACAGUGGACUUAUUCACAGUGCUGCACAGCAGAAAUGUUCUAAUAUGUUUAUGAAGAGAUGAUGACUUAGGAUGUUUAUGUAUAUCUGCUUUUUGGUGAUAAAAAUUAUAAAGAUGUUUAUUCUUUUGAUUCUUGCAAAAAUCUGGAUCAUAUCUGUAACACAUACAGAGAUUUCAUGAUGUGCUUCAUAUCACAGCAAAUACUGAGCAGAGUUUCCUACAUAUCAAUAUGGUGUGUCCAGAUAUGUCAAUUGUUACAUACAUAUACAAUUGAAGCAGUUUUUACAAUAUGCACACACUUAAAGUGACCUUCAAUCUGGUUCAGAUCUGGUUACAGUACCAUUACUGUUGCUAUGGUAGUUAUAAACAGAAAACAACACAGCUGCUUUAUUUGUAGAUCUGUCCAAGAGGACCAUGAACUGCUUCCAAUCAAAUCUUGAAAAGCUGGUUGAGUUUUAAGACUGUUAAUUGAUUUAUAAAGUUUUCAACGGAUCAAACUUUGGGAAUCUAUGUAGAGGGCCACUAUUUUGUUUUUUUUUAAAUAACUAGAGGUGUCCCACAAGGUUCUAUUUUGGGUCCCGUAAUAUUUUAUCAAUAAUCAAUAGUAAUAAUCAAAGUACGUACAUUCAGUCACGAAUAGGCUACACCUCUAUGCGGAUGAUACUAUCAUCUAUGCCCAGAUAUACUGCAUAGCAUAUUCAUCUGAUUCUGCAAAAACCAAGUGAAUUAAUUUCCUGGUUGAAUAAAGAUUAAUUGUAUCAGUACAUAAAUACGUCCAAAUCUGUGGCAUAGCUACAAGCUUAGUCAUUGAAGCCUAAAAAUACCGAGAGGACAUCACAAAAUAUCUGGACCAAUAAAAAACUCUUAGAUUCGGAGGUGGGAAACCCUCUUUUAGAAGUGUGAGUGAGACUUGCGCAGGUGUCAAACAAGUAUAUAAAUGUAUUAUAUGCAUCUUGUUGAGUUGAGUAUCUUCUUUGGUGCGUUUCUUGGACAGGUGAAAAUAAAAAAGAAGGGGAAGAGCACUGACGUAGAAAACUUUCUCGGUUCUCCCACUAUCCCAAACAUCACCUAUGACUCUGUAUACGAAAGUGGAAGGGAGCUGAACUCGGAUGUUUACAGCACUGUCGGGACAGGUAAGGGGAAGAUUAACUAUACAGCAUGUUUAUUUCUGAUGCAGUUGGCUUUGCUCCAGUACAGUUUAGCCGGUGCCAAAAAUGUUAUUAAGUGUAGACUUGGGGGCAGCAGUUGGCCCAGCAGUGUGAAUGUCUGAGGCUGUAGCAGUCGUGGUUUCGGUCGAUGACCCUUUGCUACAUGUCUGCUUCCUCCUUUUUUCUAUUCUAUCAGUGAAAGAAAAAAUACCUCACCCUCACUUAAAACAAGACAUAUGCAGAAAUCAUGAUAUUCCAGUAAGGUUCAUAUAUUUAUCAACCAAUUCUCUCGAAGCUUGAUGUUGAACCUGCAGUAAAGUGGAUCUAUAAACCUCAGAAUAAAUGCCUCAAGUGCCACUCAAGAUGCACACACCAGGAGAUAAAUGUCUAAUGCUGCCCCGGCUUAGUAUCAUAUAUGGAACAACGAUACAGCAACAAGAAAAUGUUUAAUAUAAGCAUCAGUUUAGAGUUGAAACCAUAUGAGGCGGAAAGGACGAAGUCCAAACAUUAAUGAUGGACCAUUAAAGAUAGAUGAGCACAUCGCAGAGAUGAAACGUGAGGUUGCAUUGAUGAGCAUGAACUCCAGUGGUGCACUGCUGAACUCAAAACUCCUCACAACAUUCAGUGCAGCUGGAUCAAUAGAGGAGGGCUGUGUGAUAUACAGAGGCAAUUUGAACCAUAUCCUUUGUAUCCUUCCAGUUUUAUUUAAGGCAGCCUGGCGGUUGUGCAAUUCCACAUUUCUCUAUCAAUUCAUUUUGAAUUUUUUUUUCACAGAAUCUCAGUCGACUUUCGUUUUGCAAAUUUGUCUUUGCCUUCAGUACUGUCACGGUUUUGCACACAGAAGUGGACUCCAAAGCGGGACUCACAGGCAGUUGAAAGCAAUCAGUCAUUUACGUGGUUAAAAGUUCAAGGCAGAGUUUGGCAAAAGGCUAUCAGUCAGCAGUAAAGCAGGCAAGGGCAAAGCAGGCAGAGGCAGCCUGUGAUCAGAAACAGGAAAGCAGGAAAAAUAAAUGAACGCUCAACAACCAAAGACAGGCAGGAGUUUGUCAGCCAGUGUGUCCCUGAUUCACCCUGCCUGACAAUCAGAAGAGAAAGCUGAUCCAGGAUUUUGAUCAGUGUUGAUGUAAGGCCCAGAAUAUCUGGUAAUUUGAGGGGCUUGAAGAUCCAGUAUCAAACCCGUUCAGCUGCUAAUAGAGUCAUUGGGGACAGCAAGAUGAUUCAAAACUUCUUCAUUUUUUAGGAUUUCGUAUCUGGAUGAUCACACAAGUACUUUCCCAGCUGUGACAGGAAAGCGAAUAACAAACAGAAGCUGCAGCCAACAAUAGCUCACACACUAGCACACUGCUGCUGACAGGUUUCAAGUAUUGACAGUAUUUCCCCCCACAGUUCUGGCUGAAAAAAGAUGAAUCAUGACGAUCACAUUUCCCCAAACAUUUUUCCUGCCAGACUCAUUGAACCUUCAAAAUUAUGAAAAUUGUAGGACUCCUGUAGUUGGGGCCUUGGACCGGGAAAAUGAUCUGGUAGAUAUCUGUGGAGAGAGUGCUGAUAAAGAUGCGGGGGAGUUUAGGAGAGAACGGUGAACAGAUGUAACAGUGAGUGAAGAUGUUUGAUACCUGGAAAUUCAACAGAAUAAGUGAGUUUAAAGGGGGUGUUUAAAGUACAGUUAAUAGACUAAUAUAUCAUGUAUCAUAGCCCCAAGAGGACCAGCACUAGAUGACUACUGGUUUUGGAGAACCUCUGACUUGGACCAGCUGUUUGAAAUUCUUCAGAUUCCUCCAAUUUAACGUUACUUAUCAAAACAUGUGUCACAAGAGGAUGCAUCCCUCUGACUUCAGUGAUCUCUUGGUUUUCAUAAAGUCAUAGAGAGGUACGGACUUUACCUUAAAAUCCAGAAUACAAGUCACACCGCUGUAUGCAGUGUUGUCUGUUGUUGGAGAGCUCUAAGAGGGGAAAAGAUUGGAACUAGCCCUUCACUAUGUUCAGCAACACGCAGUUUCUGUGCAGCUGUGUAGCUCUUUCUAGUACCAUCUGAUAUCACCAGCCUCGCCUGGGGUAACAGAGACUGCCCACGACCACAUGGUUGCAACCCACGCCCCCUGCUGGUUAUAAAUUGAAUAAUCUCCUUUAUAAAUUCACCUGUAUGCUUAGCUCACUAGAUGUUUGUCACAAAAUGCAAAUUUCUUUUGACUUUUCAACUGAACCUCCUGGGGGUGUUUGAUAUAAAAUAUAUAUUCUUUAUUUUUUCAUUUCAUCCACUGCAGUGGAUCAACCCCAGCUUGUUAAAAACAACAAAAAAGCACCUGACCACAAAAGUAACCUUUCAUUUGGGACUUUCAUCACAGCAGGUUCAACGCAUAUAUGCUGACAGCUCUGCAAAAACAAAGAACUGCUUUUGCAAAUAGGCCAGAGAUUUCCUCAUAAAUCAUAACAUAAGUGAGUCUGUCAAACAGAAAAGGACACAUGGUUGUUUUGCAGUAUGGCAUCAACAGAUUUUUUCUAACUUUAAGUCUUUCUUUCAGUGUUUAAUGAAAUGGAAAGAGAGUUUUUUUUUUUGUUUUUUUUCAUUAAAGAAAACUUUUCCAGAGUGGCGUACACUCACUAAUUGAAUACCCUCUUUGAAAUGCUGCAUUAUUUAUACAGUAUAUUAAUAUAUAUUUUACUUUCAAUGUUUAUUAAUUUUAUCCUUGAUUGUGCCUCUCUUCUUUCUUCUUCUUUAGCAUUCAACAUUUAUCUGUGAACCCUAGCUUUUGAAACGAUUUAUGAGUCGUUUUUUUUACCAUCAGUGCUGCAUAGAGGGCAUAAAUGGGUGAAUGCAGAUGAACAAAUAGUGAGAUAUUGGGUGCAGUCUGUUUACAGUCCUCUCCAAAAAGAUAAAUAUGGAUACUUUUAGCGUGUCUAUAUUAUGUGAACCACUAAUUGGAUCGCUCCCUUUGUUGUGCUGAGUUAUAUAACCUUUUUCUUUAACACCAGCUGGUUAACUGAAGAGCUGCCUGGAUGCGUGACUGCAGCGCUGCCCCCCCACGUGUUACUGGAAAUGGUUCUGCUUUGCUCUCAGUUUUCUGAGUAACAGCAGAAUUUAAUUUGCCCAGUUUUAAAGAUUUAUGAAUGUCUGUUUGCUUCAUGUUCGAUGAAAAUCAGUGUCUCACAGCUUCUUCUAAAUGAAUUCUACAGGUCGCACUGCACAUGUUACAUUUAUAUCGUGCUACUUUUAAGUGUGAAUCAUUUAAUUUAAUUGCCAUAUUGCCAUCUGGUGUGCAAUUGCAUUGACUGGAUACACACUGGAGGUGGAUUUGGAGCUGAGCUGCUUGCCGAGUUGUCAACUAAAAUAAAUGUCCUUUGUGGAUUUUUCGACAGCACGAACAAGUCUUUUCAGGCCUAACUGGGGUUUGAUUUGUUAUGUCUUACACCGUUUAGAUUGAUGAAAUUUAGCCUGGAAGUUGAAUGAAUUGUUAAAGAAAUGCCACCGCGCAGCUCAAAGCAAGGCAAAAAAGUGGAGACCACACAUGAGAUAAAGGAGAAAUAUUUCCGUUUAACAAGACAGAAAGAAAAACUCAGCAUAGAAAGGAACCAAAGACAUCAUAUCCAAACUGUUUCAGAUCCAGGAGAGAGAAAUAGCAUUGUCUCACUCCUGAUCUCUGUCCUGGAGCUCAAGCUUUGAAUGCUCACUGACUUUAAUGGUGUAAGAUGUGCACUGCAUAAGGGCUUAAUAUGCGAUGAAAAUGAGGAGUGCACACUAUAAUAGUAUAACACAUUUAGGAGGCAGCUAUGAUCAUUAACAAAAAACUGACCUCUUGGGUAAGGGAUGAGGAUUGUUAGUUUUUAUUGAUCCUGAUCCCAUUGGGCUAUCAAGACUCCUUAAUGACCUGAGUCCAUAUCGAUACCACCUAUAGAGUCUUCUUUAUACUAAUUUCCUUUAAACUAUUGUAUUUAUACAGAUUUUACACCAAGAAAUUCUUUUUCUCUCUCUUUUCUGGAAAAUGUGUUAUGCACUUUUGCCUGACUCUCAUUUUUCCAACCUGACCCAGAACACCUCGCAAUUUAUGUCAAUGCACUGUUUAAUUAACAUGAUGUGGCUUCACAGGACCCUCAAGGUAGCAGACUCGAUAAGCUCAAACAUCAAUGAUUCUCGGGUUCUGAUAAAUUCUUUAUCGUGAGUUUUAUGGACUGGGUUAUCGACCCCCAUCCCUAUACAGGAUCUAAAUGCAUGCUUUACAUAGAUGUGUUCUUGUAUAGAUUCCAGUAAACUGUUAAAAGCUGCUGAAAAGCUGUUAUUUCAGUGUGUUUAUUUCACUGAGUAACGUCAACAACUCUACAAGCAUGAAAUAGAUAACCACAGAAGUGAUUUACCUCAUACUCAUAGAUAAAUUGAUUGCAUUUUCCCAUUAAGACCUUGCUAUCUUUCUUCGUGUAUAAAUAUGUUUUCUUCUGUUUUAAAUUUCAUUGAUUUCUGCCAUGGCUAACUAACAUUUGUCUACAUGUAGUGCAGUCCUGUACACUAGGAGACUGAGAUAAUGCAUUUUGCCACCAUUAUGUUCUUCGUUAAUCAAUUAGACAAUCUGUUUUUUGUAUCAAAUGUUAUCUUCGGACACUUUAAAAUAAGAGGAACGUCAAGAUCCUACUGUUUGCUUCGAUUAGCGCAAAGACCAAAAAUCAAGACAGAAUUAGAUUUGGCCUCAUUUUUACUAUUUUUUUCAAGAUUUAUUAACCGGCUUGUUGGUCUUUAUUUGUCACGACAGGACUUAAGACAGGGAAGAACAGGGAGUGAUAUGCAGGAAAGGAGUCGCAGAUUGAAAUUGAACACAGGCCGCCCAGGUACUUAGGGCGUGCUUUAGACCGCGAGGCCAGCAGCAUCCCACCUCACUCUAUCUUACGGUUUAAUCUUAUCCUAAUGUAAUCCACCAGGAGCUGAGCAUUUAGCAGCAUGAACAAGUGACAGUGGCAAGGAGAAAAUCCUCCUUUUAACAAGCAGGAACCUUGAGCAGACUCCUGUUGAACAGCAGCUGUCCUUGACUGUCAGGCUUGGAAAGAGAGAUAGAAGGAGAGGCAGAAAGGUAGAAAAAGAUGAGGACCAACAAUCACAAGUACUACAUCAGCAGCAGCGGUCGCACUUAGACUAAGAGCUCAUACAGACUUAUGGUUAAAUGUACAGUAAAAUAAUAAUAAUGUUGAUAAUUGAAGCAGCUGGAGUCAGACAGGCCCACAGCAGCAGUCUCUCUGUGGUGACAAUCCAGAGAAACCAUACCAGAUGAGGAUGAGGGAGCUCAAGGACUCUUGUGGCCCUUUCAGACACACACAAAGGCAAAGGAGUGUUCUGACAAUUUUUGCUUCUCAGUUGAAAAACGUUGCUGUAGUGCAAAUCAGUAAAAAGAGUGGAUGGUUCACGCCAUUUCGUCAAGCUUUCAUGCCAUACACAUGAACAGGUUUUCGGUAAAAAUACAGCAACAUGAUUUGGUACUUAAGGAUGAAAUUUUUAUUUGAGAUUGUAGGAGAAGUGUUCUGGUGUGCAUCAGCUUGCAUCUCAUCCCCAGUAUUUUCACUCUUUUGUCAACACUGAAGAUGCAGUUACUCAUCAAAUUGGAACAAGUGUAAAAAGAAAAAAAAAUGUAUAUCCAUCUACGUGUGCUUACUAUAAAAAAUAUGUAUACUGUAUAUAUCUUUAUGGCAAUAACACAGAAGUAGAUUCACAAACAUGCACACACUUAGACAAGGUUGUGAAAAAUUAUGUUGUGAUUACUGCAGCUUCUAUUUGACGUCAUGAUUGCGCACCCCUGUCCAACAAAGGUCACACCCAGCUUGGUGUGAGGUGAAAGCCCCUGAAAUUUUCCUGUGCUUGUACAGGGUGCAUAUUUGUAAAGAGCUCAAGAUAGAUCUGUAGUUAAUGGCUUUGAUGGUAAAUGAAGAUGACGCAGACGGAAAGAGGAGGUAGAGGGAAAGGUCGUAGUUCAGAAUUCCUCUGGUAGUGUAUGCGUCACCAAGAGCCAGUCCAAGCCAGAGCCAGCCUUUACAACAAGCUUUGUCAAAAAGGAAGUUUCUUCAAAUUAGAGAGGGUGUCUGCCUCCUGGACGCUGGACUAGUGGCUAAUAACAAAGAAGAAGAGCUUUAUAACCUCCCAUAAUACUUUCAAGUCUCCGGCUACAAGGAGAUAGAGUCUUAAUGGGACAGAAUUAGGCACUAACACACUUAAAAGAAAGCCUUAUGACCCAUGAGACCUUAAAGCUACUGUAGGGAGAUUUUACAAAACAGAGUCACAGUAAUAUUGAUGCCUCGAUAUGACUGACAAAAUCAAACUUGACCGUCACAAAAAAGGUUGUUUGUUUCUACGUAGGAAUUUUUGGUGCAAAAAAUUGCUGGCAAUGGACAGGUGAAAAAAUAAUUCAAUUAACUAGAGGCUACCGAAACAGUCUUUUUUUUUCUUCUUCACUUUCUUUGGCAGGGAUUCCCAGUAAAUGCUGUAAUUAACAGGAAAUGCUGUUUCUAUAGCAACCAAAAGUGCUUAACAGUAGCUUUAAUUGUAGAGACUGGGAUGACUUGUUAUCGUCAUCCGUUGACUUGUUAUCUCCAGUUAAUAUGAUGAGCAGCCAGGUCAGAUAAGCAGAAUGCUCCAUUGAGCUGACAGUGAAUAGAAAAGAAAAUAUAUAUAAACAGUUAAUCACAUACAUAAAUGGAAAUUCAAUUACUGCUUCUAAUAUAAUUACUUUGUAUUACCCCAUCACAGUUUUAAUGCUUAUUUGUAUUGACUGCAACCUAAAUAGAUCUUGAUUUAACUACAAGAUCACUUAGAGGAGAUGCAGUUUGUGGUGUAGCUGAAUUAGAUAACCUCAUACUGAUCUUUUUUUUUAAUUAGAACUCAGUCCAGAACAAACUGACACUUCUUUAAAUGAUCAGAUAGAUAACAAAAAGCAGGAACUCAUGACAGCUGCAGAUGCUUUCACAUACGAACAUUUUGUGUUACAACAAAGCAGCUGACAUCCAAUCAUGCAGAUCCCUCCUGAUUUUGAUAUUGUGUAAAGAUGAAAAGAAUAAAAGAUGGAGGUGACUUUAAAGAGCAGUUUUUGUUAGGGAGCAGAUGGCAGGUACUUCAAUCAUAAAGGCUGCUCAACUGGCAACUUUUUGUUAUUGGGAGAAAAAUGUAUUUCAUUCCUCUGUUGGAUUACAGAGGCAUGUGGAAUCAUUGUUAAAGUCAUUCUGGACACCUUUCUCUUCUCAGAAACUCUAAUGUCAGCCGUCCUUCAUUUUUUACCCGUAAAACUUCUCAGCUUUCAUCCUUUGUGUCAUCGCGUUAAAAUCUGCUUUUCAUAUCUGAGUUAACAGCCUUCUUCCUCUUUGCUGUCCUUUUUUCCUCUCUUGGUGGUGUGUCUGUGUCCCAGCUUUGGCAGGAUCCCACUCUCUGGGAGGAUGUGGUGAGCUGCUGUUAGUGUCAAUGUCCUGCACUUGUCUUCAGUUGCCUGAUUGUCUAGUCUCUCUAUUUCUCGAUUUUUAUCAUCACUGCAUGAUCCUGUUAUGAUAAGUUUGGUAUACUGAGUAAUACGUUUAAGACUUCCCCAUAGUUUUGGACUAACAUUGUUACUGUUGUCCUUCUUGCCUGGUGAUAACAAUUGAUCAGUCUUGUGGUUUUUCUUUGUGUGUGUUUCAGAGCGCCAACAGUCCUGGACAUCUUUGUCAUCUCUUCAGUUCAACUCACAGUCUGCAGGUAACAUCAUGUGAUGAUUGGAGUGUCAGAUGGUUUCUCAGUUUCUUUGACCUGUUUGAGGCACUUCUAGAGAGACAAAGAAACUAUUUCAAACUGCUGCUAAAAGUGAAAUGAUUUUUCUGAUCAGCUCAGUGUAAACAGCCUUAAAAAAUAAGAAAAAAGAUGGGGAAAAGAAUUAUUUUUAGAGGUUUCUUUAUGUAUAUACAUAGAUAUAUGAGAGAGAAUGGGGGAGAAGAAGCUAGAUGGAUACAGAUAGCUAACUAGAUAAGUGGUUAUAGAAAGAUAGAAGUGUAAAGACAGAUUUAAAGAUAUGUGUGUAUAUGUGGCUAAUAUAAUAUAUGUAUAUGUAGAUAUAUAGAGAUGGAUGGAUGGAUGGAUUUAGAUGGAUGGAAAGAUGAUAGAUAGAUAGAUAGAUAGAUAGAUAGACAGACAGACAGACAGACAGACAGACAGACAGAUAGACAGAUGGACAGAUAGAUAAUGAGAUGAAAUGUAGAUAGAUCAAUUUUGAUGUCUAUAGAUGGGUAUAUAGAUCAAAGUAUAUCAAUCUAUAUAGCAAGAUCUGUCUUCUUCACUUUGCCUCAGCAUGCAUUGGCAGCAAGGUGGUUCUUGUAGCACCAUUUUCUGGGUAAUAGAGUAUUAUGCAAUGAAUUUCUAUAUUUUGCACUGGUUGUCGAGUCACACUAGUGUAUGGGAUGCAAGUAUGUCUUAUUUACAGAAGUCAGUAAAUUAAGUUAUUAUUAUUAUUAUUAUUAUUAUUAUUAAUAUUAUUACAUUCAUAUCUUUGGGCUUUAUUACACCUCUUCAGAAAGAUAAUGCUCAUGUUUUAUCUAGUCUUGGUUUACAGUGUCACGUCAUGGAAAGGUUACUUGGAUUGCUUGUUUGAAUAUGAGUUUAAAUUGUUGUUUUUUUAUAAAUGUGUCAGCUUCUUGAUUGAUUGACAGGGAGUCCUGGUGAACUCUCUCUCAGUAUAAACAGAGAUUGUUGGCAGAGUUACACAACCGGAAACAGCAGGAAAGAUAAUAGGUGGAUCGAUGGAUGAAUCAGGAAAAUGUUAUGCAGUGAAACAUUUAUUUUAUACCUGUGUUUAUAUAAAGGUGUAUUCAACCAAGCAUUCAGCCACUGAUCUGUUUGUAGACACCACGCGAAUACAUCAAGUGGUCAAAAGCCAGUGCUGCUCUCUGCUUUUGAGGAAAUAUCUGUCAGCUUUCUCAGACUUGUCAUGUCAUGUCUGUCCUGAUUGACAGCUCCAAUUAAAUCCAUUUUGUUCAAAGUCCAUUAGGAGCAUUUCACACCAUUUCUUUAGUUUCACACAUCGAAAAAUCAAUCAUCGGUACAGUUGCAUCACACUUCUCUGGCUGCUGCAGUUUCAAAACAUUGCAUUUGUGGAUUCAGGGAGUUAACAGGUUUCCACUUCACAACAGUGCCACCUCUAAAAAUGGGAGAAGUUUCAGAGCACCAGAUCUACAAUUGCUUCUUAAUUCACUGUUUUUAUUGUCUAAUUUAAUAAUUGUAAUUCCUGACUGAGCUUGGCUUGUGUUUCCAAAUGUAUAACAUAUAUUUAAACCCUCCUCUUAUUGUAGUUUUUACUUAUUAUUCUGGAUGUGUCUGUGUUAUACAUGAACCUCUGCAGAAUAAGACAAAGCAGCGGCACAGGAAAAACACAUGUAGCUCUGGGCGGGAUGGGGUAGUGUGGGAAGAUGGAAGGGGCUUCUUACAAAACGAUAAUCUUAUUAGUUCUGCUGUUAGUCCAUGCUUUUAUUUAUCAUCAGUUUCAAUAUAUACUUCAGACAGCAGUAUGUAUUUAAUCAAAACUCAGUAAUGAACAAAAACAGCCACUAAAUCUUUUCUCUCCGCUCGUGUGUUUUUGUGAACUUUUGACACGACAUUUUGAAACCACAACAUACUACCGAUGUGUCGAAAUGAAAAUCACAGCAUUUAAGCUGAUUGAAACUCCUAAAUCUGAAAAGGAGAGAUCAGCUUGAAAUCCAAAACAGAACAAUUACAGGUCUAGUCGAUCACUGAAUAAGGUCACAGUAUUCGUGUGAUGAAAAAAACAUCCCCUAAAGCGUGCAAGAUUUUUCUUUAAAUGCCAACAAUUUCCUCCAUUUGUGAAUCUAGCUGAGCAGAGCUAAUGCAAGACGUAGGCUUAAUUCUGUCUUACUUCUUAUUUUGGUAUCAGAGGAUAUGCUGUGGUGUUUCAACAGCCCAAAGGAGAGCAUCAACUAUAUUAGGAUGUGGUUUUUGGUUUUAGCAAAGGUCUUCAUCAUGACUAGAAAUGGUCAGUAUUAUUAGACAAAUGUGAGCAUCAGCUAAAAAUGUAUUGUCUGAAUCAGCAGAUGUGAGGAUGUCUACUUAUAUGUACAGGCGACAAGUUGAUGCGUUAGUUAUGCUCCUCUGUGACAGCUUUCAUGCCCCAACAAUGAGCUUCAACAGACAACAAAGUAACUGUGCAAUGCAUUCAUCAAACAGUAGACUUUAUUCCUCUUUUUGAUGCCUGUCUUUUGUACUUCAGGUCAAAAGUCAUUUCAACUCAAUAUUGUCACCAAUUAUAGUCAUUUCACAGCUGCCAAUUGAUCAGCAGGCACAAAGACUUCACAUGAUGAAAUAUAUGGACAGAGAUUGGGUCAUACUUUACACAAUUUAACAUAUUUGACAGCCGACAUUGACAUUAAUCAGUUCCCAGUUAUGAAUGGUAUUUAGAAAUCGUACACAAUGGUAAAAGUGAAAUUGAAACUGAAAAGCACAUCCCUCGUGUCAUCAUAGGACAGUAAAACAAAGAAUGAACCUCAUUUUCAUUUUCACCCAUGCAACUCACAUAACAAACAAAGUGUGUGCACCUCUGGAGUGGCAUUAAACCCGCCGGCCUGGCAAUAGAAUACAUUAACUUUUAUAGCAUGCUAAGUACUGCAGGGGCAGACAUUGAUGUAAAGGGUUAGAAGUGAUCUGGUUAGCUUGUGGCAAAAAUAACAGGAUUAAAAAGGAUAAAGCAAUUCAAGCUUAUAUUCCCAGUGAAGAAAGAAAGACCUCUGUACUCUAUAUGAAUAUGGUAUUGUUGGCCGGCUUACAUACAUGUAAAAUAGACACCAAUACAGAUGUGCACAUUUAUCAUGCAAAAUACUCUGUCAAAUAUGAUUUACAGCUCAAGAUACGGCCUGAUCUCUCUUAUGAUUUCCAGCAAAUUAUCAGUCAAGUGCAGGGAAAUAACCAUUAUUCCAGAUUAUUGAGGUUUUACAACUUAUAGUAAGACAGUAUUGAACUCCCCACAUUUAUUACAAUUAUGAAAUCUGUUCUCCUAAACAACACCAGGAGUUCUUCAGUGAUUAAAAGAGAAAAAGUAUUGGUGCUGGAGAAAACCUGCCCACAGCCUAUAUCUUAGUAAAACUUGACAAAGCGAAGAGUUAUAGCACCGGUCAACCAGACGGAAAGGAGCUCAACAGAAAUCUAGUGCAUUGCUCUCAAUAACCAACCUUUCCAGCAUGGUGGAAGGUACAGGCCUCUGCAGGCUAAUGAUGUACCUGGAGCCUCACUACACCAUGCCUACAGUGUGACCUCGCAGAUGCAGUCUUAUCUGAACUGUGAGGUUUUGUCUUCAGACAUAUAAAGAAGCUCCUCAGUAAUGCUACUUCAGUUACCCUCACCACUGAUAUCUGGAUAUAGAGUGCAAGUCCUGUCAGCGUGUUGAGCCUCACUGCCAAGUAGAUUUGAAAAUAGAUGUAGUCCAAUUUGAAAAAGAGUAUAUUUAUCGUUAAUGGUAGAAUAAAAUAUGAGCUUGAAAUGAAAUAAAUACUAUGAAAGCAGAGGGUGAAUCUCACAGCUGAACCUGACCCGAGUUAAAAGCUAUAAAAUGAAAAUAAUUUUCAAACUAGUGCAGCGAAACUCCGUCACCAACAUCAGCUGACAGCCCGGAUGCAAAGAUCAGUUGCCAUCUGUAAUGUGUGUGUCUUUUGUGCCGCUGUGUCUGAAUCUGCAGCAAAAACAAACCCUGGCCUUUUGGAUGUCCCCUCCCCGGGCCCCCUUCAGAGGAACUGUAGCUUUGCAGAUGACCUGGAGCUGGAACCAGAGCGAUAUAAUGAGCUGGCUCCUGCUGCCUCUGUGUCACAGUGAGUACAACGCUAUCAUUGCACCAUCACGCCGAGGCUGUGUUUUGGUGUGGGUGCAGUGUAAUGAGAAUAUCAGAGCUCAUUUGCAUGUGCUUUUUUGCUUUUUGUAAUCAACCUUUGCUCAAUUUCAAACCCCAGAGCUCUUUUGUCUCUGCUGUGCAAUGAUUCUCUGUUAGGCUAGAGUGCUCAUGCUUACUGUCACUUGCCCAGCAUAAGACCGAGGCCAGUAUGAGGAAAUGAGUGUUAAGUAACUGCAGUGUAAUGUAAGUGCACAGUAAGUGAAACAAAUGGAGCGACAGUUCUGACCCAUGGGACUUCCUUUCUAAACGGUGGGGUAAUGAUGCAGAGUGGGAAUUGCAUGCUGCAGCAUUGUUGGCAAAGAUCACUCUGUGCUCUGCUGACUCCAAAAUACGUAACCAGCUGUUCUCAUAGAGCAAUGCCACAUCAAAUCCAACGCUAAAUCGAACCAUUAUGAGAUACUACCGCUUCUCUUAUCCAUGAUGAGUGAACACAAGGUUUAAAAGCUUGAGUGUUUUGUUUCUGUUUUUUCUUAUUAUUAUUUCUGAGGGAGUCUUUGCUUUUAAGUUAAACUGCAGAUUGAGUUUUUAAUCAUUUAUAUCCUACAGUUGUUGAGAAAUCUCCUGUUAGGUUAUUGUGAGAAAUCUGAGAUGCAGCACAGACUCUAGCUGGGAAAUAGUUCACAGAUUUCAUAUUCCUCCAGCUACUGUUGUAUUGACAUCACAGUUUGGGAAAAUUGAAGAUAAUUGAGAGUGUUUAUGAAACUGCCAAAUGUUUGUCACAAACAAACAGAAAUUGCACCUUUAGUAGCACAGCAGACACGGCUGUUAGAGUGAGACUUCAAGGGCUGGGAUUGCAGUAGUUUGGCAUGCAGGGGGUAAAAGUUUCCAGCCUUCUUGAAGCCGGUUCUGUUUGUCUGACCUGUUUGUUUUUAUCUCAAACAAAAGCAGUAAAAGUUUGGGUGUUUGAAGCCAAGGCUGAACAUGACAUUUUUUUUAAUGUACUGAGGAACAAUUUUUUUAAAAAUCACAAGAUUCAGAUGUAGCAGAAUAUUUUGAGCAUUGCAUCAAGAAGGGAACUAAUAUACGACAGUGCUUUGAGGUAUGAGAUACAAUAAUGUUAGCAUUAGGAUAAUGUUGAACGGCAUAAAUGUGCUGCUAAGAAGCUGGGCAGCAAAUGAAGAAAGCACAUAAAAGGAAUUAAACUCUUUGAUUGUACAAAAAACUGCACAGACCUGUAAAAAUGUUAGAUUUGUGUCUCAAUUUUCACUUCCAUCUGGAUGUGUUUCAUCUAUAUCUCUGUGAAGGUUCACAGCCACAGAUGGUAAGUCAUAUUAUAACAAUAGCUUAUGGGGAGCUAUCUUGGAUGCUCACAGCUAGCCUCGCUGUAUUUCCGUAAAAACAUAACCUCUGGGCUGUUUCACAUCUACUGUGUGAAAAGUAACACCCACAAGUUGUGAGUAACUCUCAAAACAGCUAAAAAUGUGUUUCAGGUAGAAGCUAAGCAAAGUUUUCACAGAUGAAAAAAAAAAAAAAAGGUUAUAAAAAGCUGCAAAUCUGGCAAAGUUUCUCUCCAGGGGUCCCAGACUGACACAAUGAGAGGUGAAAAUGAGAAGAAAAAAAAAGAAACAAAAAAAAACACCCCGAAACAGAACAGCUGCCUCUUCUCGUGGAGUUUUUAACUUUGGGACUUAAAGACCCAUUGCCAUAUAAAUCAUGUUUUUAUUGUUUUUUGCAUGUUCAUAUGGCAUGUUUCUGAUGUUACAGGACAUAUCAUGAGAAAAAUAAGUGCGAAAUUGCAUUUCUGAAUAUUUCUGCAUUCAAAUCACUAUGAACCUUCUGGCAGACCCAACGGGAGGCUCAGACACAGUAAGAUCUCCUACAUCACAAAUCCCAGCUCUAAACCCCGACUAUGCAGGCCAGACUCGGAGAAAUCAGUGUUGGGUAGUAACGCAUUACUAGUAACGCGUUAUUAGUAACGCCGCUACGUAACGCCAUUACUUUAUUCAGCAACUACUAAUGUAAUGUGUAUUUUUAUUUUUUAUUUUUCUUUAAAUUCAACGGCACACAGUUCCCAUAACAUUUUUGUGAUCAAUAAAGUUUAAUUGAAUUGGAAAAACAAAGCACUUGUCACCCUCUAGCAUCACACAUGUACCAAACGUGCCAUAAAAAGGACUGGACAGGUCAGGGCAUGGCGAGAGGGGGAAGAUAAGUUCCUCCUCCUAUUCCAAGAGUCCAAUGGUAAAAUUUUGGUGUUCGUGUCAAGGUUUGCAUUGGUGCACAACGCAUCAUAUUGCUUGGAUGGUUAUCUUAUCAUAUCUUAUUAUCUUAUCUUAUCUCAUCUCUUGAAUGCCUUAAAAUAACAAAGACUGAGUUGGGAGGAGAUGUCUACAGCUUAUAUCUUUGGACAGAUAUCUGCAUUCGGAUGCCUUUUUCUACUUUUAAGGCUUAUAGAAAUCACACUCAUCCAUCAAGACACUGUUGGGCUCCAGCUGUGCUCUGGAUGAUGCUUUUAGCCUCUAUUCUUCCUCCUGAGAUUUAUGGUUUUCUUGCGUGAAAUCACUUGAGCAUGGCCGCUCAAUACCACCCAGACUACAAAUACACUGCAAUAACAGUCUAAUACGAGCUAGUGUAUUUGUAUUAUUUCUAGUCUAAAUAUCACUCUAAACAAGCAUAUACAUCUUAUCACAUGGAGCUUAACAUGUGGCAUAGAGUAAUGAGAUACUUUGGCGAAUGGAGGGGGUUUACAUGAAGAUAUCUGUUUGAAAUUUAAUCAAGGGUAAAAAAACACUUUUACUAUUCAAGCCUCUCCUUUCUCUUUUUGAAAAUCUGUCAUUAGGGUUGAAUGGAACAAUGCCCCCCAUUGCCUGAUUGCAUCCCCCUCUAUGCCAUCACCACCACCAUUAGUGUUAAAAAAUGGAUUUUCCGGUGUAUUUACAUUUUAUAAUAUAGUGCUAAUUUGACUGAAUGUUAUGAAAGCUUCAUUUGAAAAUCUGACCAUUGCUUUGCCUGUGAAAAAGCCCAUUAUGAGAGUCAUGCUGACCUUGUUCCUGCACUCUUUCACCCAACUGGUUUGACAAAAAGCUCACCAAUCUCCCCCACACAGACUCAUUCACCGCCUCCCUAUGCUAAUGAACCCUGAUGAGUAAUAGCACCUUAAUAUUUCCUGCAACAUAAUAAUGGAGGCUAAAUGCACCACAAUUAUUCUGAGCUUUUUAUUAAUGAUUUUGAGAAAAACACACAGGCCCCCCAAAUCAUCCUUCCUUUGUUCUCCCUGUGGCUCACCUUGAUCACAUUCAAAGGGAGAGAAGUCAUGAGGGAGAAGCUUUUGAUGUAGACGGAAAAAUAAUCAUGAGACGCUGCUGCUCUGAAUAUUUUCCCCUAAACUGAAAGCGUUUGGCUGUGAGGGCCGUGUCAACCACCUUUUUUUCUUUUUUUUCUUUUACAUACUUUCUCAGUAAAACCUGUUUCAUAAGAGAAAUAUGAAACACAGGGCCAAUGCAAAGGACUGACCCUGGUGUUAAAGUUUUACAGGGUUCACUCUCUGAUUUUAUGCUUGUCUGAUUUUAAUGCUCCUCAGAAACAGUUUCAUUUCUCUCUCACAGAUUGACCAACUCUCAUCGCAAAGCAAUCCGGGUCAUCCAGAGGUUGCGUUACUUAGUGGCCAAAAGGAAGUUUCAGGUAAGUUUGACGCAUUUGAUAGACAAUCUUUUUUUCAUCGUGAUAGAUUUUUAAUUUUAAUUAUAACUAAAACUGCAGUAAAUAUUUGCUCAUUCAUCCCUCCUAUGAUUUCUACAGUGGAGUUUUAGGGUCGGGCAAGAUUGAGUUUUUAUUAGUACAUUAAGAAAAGGUCCAACUGUGAAGAACAAAGUUGAAAUUUUUUUUAAAAAAAGUUUAAAACUCUUUUAUGGUUAAAAUUGUAGCAUCAAGAGAGAAAAUUAAAUGACAGUCUAGUGAUAAUUUCAAGAAAAAAGUCAACGAUGGCUUGGUGGCGAUGCCAAAUGUCCACAUAUAGAAUGUGUCUUUGGGUCAAAAGGCUUCUUCGUUACUUGUCCUCCACUGCUCUUUAAAUCAAUAUUAGUACAUAGAAACCAAGUACAUUAUCAAAAUAAAUGGUAUGCACAUAGAAAUGUCACAUCUCAACUGCUCAUUGGCUUGUCUCUGCUAAGAACAAACUCAAAAGUCAAGCCCGGUGAAUACCGGUCCCUUACAAACACUUUGAUCAAAAGUUGCCAAAGUCUUCUCUUGAAGUUUCACUGAUCUUAUAAACUCUGCUCGUCAUUGUAAACUGACAAGGUUCUGAUGAUUAUCUUCUCAGAUUAUUUUAUAGUGUCCUCAUGUGUGGGGGGAGUGAUUUCUCUUCGCUCCAAUCUGCAGGGAAGACUAUGUGAACAUUCACAACUUUAAGUCGUAAUUAUUAAACAUGCCCAAUAUAAACAAUCAGAAAUCUGUAUAUGUGGGGGAUCCCUGAAGUCGGCCGAUCAUGUGUGCUAUUCAGUGUCAUGUGGAACAACUUGAUAGCCAAACAAGAAGUACGCUGACUGAAGAAGCAAGCAUAACAAAUGCAACCGUGACAUCAAUAGUAAGUAACUGUAUAUAUUAGUUGAAGCAUCAGUGACCAAAAGAUGUAACUUAAAGCUCCUGUGAGGAACUUUUGUCUGUGUUGUUUUUGGUGCCCCUUGUGGACAAAGUGGUAACCUUGAUAUUGUUGCUGAGUGGUGUAAAUUGACAAAAAUAUCCUAUAAACAAAUAAAAUAGUAAUAAUUUAAAAAGUAAAGAAUACAACAACAAAUGACAAAAAGUUAUUCAUGUUCAAAAAGGAGUGGGAAGAAGUCGAGACUUACCUAGUCCCACCCCUUCUCCUAAACUAAUGGUUAAAAUAUGAAUCAUAAUAUUAUACAAUAUUAAUAAUCAUCAUAAUUAUAAUAGCAAUAAAAACAAUCACCACAGUGAAAAUAACAAAACAACAACAAAACAAUGAUGAUAAUGAUUAUAGUUACUAUGAUUGUACAUCCCUGUAUCCUGUGAAAACAUAUUCUUUAUAUUUUGUUUCAUAACGCAUUAAAAAAAAACCUGCUGGGGCUUUAAAUGAUCAACUUCAGAUUCUGUUCUUUUCUCUUUCUAUCCUAUGAAAAAUACUAAUGAACAUGUUUUAGACUCUGACACAUUGACUUUUUAAUCAAACGUGUAUUUCGACUUUUUCUCAAAACUUAAUUUCCCAGAAACUGAAUUUUGCCUUUUUUCUGAAGUUUCAUCUUCAUUCUGGACACUUUGACUUUAUUCUCAAAGUGCAUCAUGAGUAAAAUCUUCAUCCUCUCAUUAUUUCGUUCCAUCCUUGGCCCUGAAACCCUUUCCUAGAUUUCAAAGCUCCUCUGAGGAGCUUUUAGAUGAAUUAAAUUCAUAACCAUGCUUUGACAUGAGCUACAGAGGAAAACCACUAUUAUCAACAAGACUGACCUUUUUUGUACCAUUAUUUUUAAUGGACUUCAUCCCUGUUACUCGGUCUAUGACAGAAAAAGUGAUGAAGAGUACACGGCUGAAACAUUUUUCACAGCAAAGAUUCACAGUGAGUCACAUUUUAGACUGUUAGGAGAAAGCAGGAUAAGAUUUUUUUUAUCAGAAAAACAUCAUUUUUAAGCAUGAAUGGAGAAAAAUCAGCCUAAUCAGUACAUUGCAUUAGAGGGGUUGCCUUGGUUGACGGAAAAAUAAAAGUUCCCUUGGUGAUUUUUUAGCAUUUAGCAACCCAGAUUAGCCAUUUUAUCAAAUUUAACACUUCUCAGCAAAUCCAAAUUUCUUAUCAUAAAAAGGUGAAUUCAAUGUGACAUUAUUUUCUUUUAGAUUUCACAUAUCCAAAACCAGACACUAGACUGAGCAGCAGUUACUUAAGAGGUCCCUGGGUAAUCAAGUGUUAAUCAGACCUUAAGGUGGAGCAUGGUUAAGUUUAUUGUAGAAGCAGCAGCUUUAAUAAUGACAAGUCAACUCAACUUUAUUUUUCUUGUUUAUAAGACCUUUCAUUCAUAAAAGCAUGUAGCUCAAAGUGCUUCACGGCAGAAUGAGGUUAAAAAGAGGAAAUUAAAAGCAAUGACUACAAAAACAUUUAAGAGACAUGGAAAUAUAAUAAAUCAAUACAACAAUGUGUUCGGUUAAAAACAGAAAUAACACCUACAGUAAAUCUGGUGUAAAAUCCAUUAGGAUUUUGCUAAAACUGUGAAAUCACUAAAAAUAAAAAAAACUGAUUAAAAAGAUAAGUCUUACAUUUCCUUUAAAAAAAAACAAAGAGGGAGUUUGUUGUGUUAAUAUCCAGAGGCAGAGAGCAUUCGAUUACUGAGCUCUGCUUUAUUGACAGUCAAGUCUGUGUUAUGCUUUGACUAAAGUGGAUUAUUAUUUUUCAUUUUGAUUUAAAAAAUUGUUUCAGGGCUGCAAACUUCAAACCUGGACAGUAACAGAGUGGCAAAUUCUGCUGUUGAAAAAUGCUAGGCAGCAGACAAGUGGUCUCAGCUCCACUUCUGUGCCAGUAAGGGUUAGUUGGAAGUUAAUGGGAGGCUAUAUUUUCAAUGAAGCAGGCUUGAUAAUACCACUUCAGAAACUAAAUGGUUGCAAUCAAUGAGACUACGGCUUUGACACCCUUAAUUUAUUGUCUUAUUGCGGGGAGUCGUCUUAAACCACUACGCGGUUUUUGUUCCAUUUACACUCAUCUGUUGACAUGAAAUUGUUAUAGCAUUAAAUAAAUAGCAGGGGGUGUUUGCACAGAAUAAAUAUUUGGUGUCAACAUACACCAAGCUCAGCAGCCGAGAUAAUUGGAAGCAAUGAAACCAAAAACAUCACCUCUCAUGAGAGCUCCAGCGCUCUGUUAGAAACAUCUUCCCCAGCACUGCUCAAACAUGUAACAUUGAGAAAUAAAGGUUUAAUGUGUCACAAACAGUGUGCUGACAAUGUUUGUUUUUCCCACAUUAGCAAGCUCGUAAGCCAUACGAUGUGCGAGAUGUGAUUGAGCAAUACUCUCAGGGUCACCUCAACCUUAUGGUGCGAAUCAAGGAGUUGCAGAGGAGGUAAAGUGAAUAACAACAUAACAUUUCAUUAUGAGGAGGAAUACAGAGGCAGUGUGUGGAUAGCAGCUCUGUUUUUUUCUGGCUUCAUCUUGGUGUUGUUUCUCUUAGACUGGACCAGUCUUUGGGGAAGAUGACUUUGUUCCAGACAAGCUCAGGUAAUCAAUCAACCCGCCGCUCUCUCACAGUAUAUUGUAGUUUCAGUGUGUUAAACUACCGUUUACUGUAAAUCCCUGCUUAUACUGCUCCAUCUAUUACUCUCCUACUCUACCAUACUGAAGAGCGAGCCAAAGACAAAGGCAACAACUCCAUCGGAUCCAGACUCAACAGGAUAGAGGACAAGGUGGGAAUUCUUGUAUUUUAUGUAGUUCAUGGGACAGUAACCGAUUCUUGUAACCAACAUAAAUGUUUUAUAAAAACUGAAACAUUAUAAACAGGUUGACUAGUUUUAAUUACUUUAUAUUUGCAUCACAGUCUUGUGAGGUUUAGCCCGUCAGAUCGUGUUGUGGGACAUUAGGUGAGACAAAGUGAUAUGAUAAAGUGACCCAGAGUGAAUGACGCAUCCACAGCAGCGCAGUUUUUAAUUGAUAUUUGAUUCAUUUUAAACUAUCUUAGCUUCAUACAAAGAAUUGAGAGUUGAGGUGGUGGGGGGUCUUUUUUGCAUUGAGUUCUUUUUGUACAGCACUUUGUGUUGCGUUAUAUAAAAGUGCUUGAUGAAUAAAGUCUGAUUUACUGAUUGACUAGUAUUGGUAAUCAGUCAAAUCCUGGAUAUCUGCCCAAAUAAUCAGCCAAGAACAGUUAUCGGUCAACCCCUAAUUUUAAUCUGUUUAUUUUUCAUUGUAUAUACAUAAAACUUCUAUCAACAGAGCUUAACAAAAAAGCACCCUUUAUCAAAUGUUAUUUUGGUUGCAAAGAACUGGUUACGCGAUGUUUGUUGAUUUUGAUCCAUAUGAAUUCUGUAUGCAUAGACAUGCCGCCUUGUGAUUGUUUCUUUAAAAUAAACAGAAGACCGAAACUGUCAGUUUUUAUUUGAGGGUGCAUCAUAACACAGAAUACAAAAUAAGUUGAAACACAACCACUAAUAUGAAUUCUCUUUCAAAAUCUGACCUUCAAUCCCAGCCUUACAGACAAUUUUAAUUUUAUAUUGUGUAUCACAGUGAGAUUUCCUCAGUAGUUUUUAAUCAAAAUCAGAAAUAUUUAUAAAGUUAUGACUUACAGGGAUGACAGUUUACUCUGUGAAAGCCUCUUCAUCAAAAUUCUGCCCCUGAAGUGAAAUUUUGUUUUGUGCUCAACAUAGCAGAAAAUAAUUUGUCACAGGUUAAUUGUCAUUACCAUUAAGGUUUGACAAACACAGGGUGAUUAAAUUACAUUAAGGACAUAAUUGCCACAGACUUCUUUUUUAGCCACAUGAAAUGACUCUCAGUGCUUAAUUUGAUUUGAACGGGUGGAAAGCAUCCUAAGUGGUUAAUUCAAUUAUAAGACAGGAUGUUUCUAUUACCUUUGUUCAUUAAUGUUUGUGUCAACUCUCAUAGAUGGCACGCUUGGACCAGUCGUUGCACCGAGUAGCAGAGUCCCUUACCGUUCUGCUGGACCAGAGAAAUGCCGCUGAGGGUGAAGGUGGAGGCAGGCCGAGGCCAGGGCUUGGACAGACCUCACAUGUUCCCCCCAGUCAGGACAGCCUGCCAAGCUACGACCAGAUAUCUUCAUAACCUUCAUCCUUUCACCCUAACUCUGCCAGCAUCGCAGCCGGCCCAAGACCGCACUUCGGUAUCUCCACCAGCACAAAUCAGGAUGAAGGCUGACAAGGCCACAUCAGCUAUUUUUCUCUCUCUCUCUCUCUCUCCCUCUAUCUCUCUCUAUCUAUCUCUGAUUGGAUCACAUUUUAUGAAAGGCCUGCACAGUGGUUUAGUGGUUAGAACUGUGAUCUCACAGCAAUGAGGUUCCUGGUUCAAAUCCUGGCUGGGGUCUUCCUGCAUGGGGCUUGCAUGUUUCUUUCAUAUAGACAUACUGUACCUCUAACCCUAUGACAGCACAGAUAUUCUUCUAACACGGUGAAAGAAGGUUAAAUUUAAACACUCCUUUUUUAAUUUUUGAUAAACUAAACCAUCUAAAUCUAGAUGUCUAAUCUAAAUCAAGUUAAAACCAGAGUUUACCAGUAUGUGAUAUACAAAAACCUACAAAACACAGCUGUAUCAGGUGUUAAGCCCACCUAAAUCUAAAACUGGAUGUGCCUGAAGGUGUUCAGCUUGUGUUUUUAUAUUACUAACAUUGGAAAAAAGCAAAUUAUAUACUAUAUAUUAACCAUUAUGUUAAUCAAAAUGCAUGAGUGAAAAUACACCACAAACUAACUGGCCAGCUAACUGCAACAAAUGGAUGUGUAUUUCCUGAGAAAACCUUUUUUUAAGUAAAUUGAGAUUAACCAAAUUUGAACAUCAUCUCUAAACUCUCACUGCCUUCGAGUAUCACACUGCUACAAAGAUACAGAGAACCUGAAAGCUAAAGCAACAAAGCUACAUCAAGCAAAGCUAGCUAGCUGGUGAGAUGGUCAAUACUUGUCCUUAAAAAAGGCAAAAAAAUCUUUAAUAGUUUUAACCUUCAAGUUGUGAAAUUAAAAACUGAUGUGUUGCUUAUUAAUUUCUCUUUCUCUAUUACCAACAGUGGCUUAACUAUGUCAAACAACAACCACUGCUUUGCUCUGACUGCCCUUAAACCUAUAACACUGCAAGCUAUCUUAGCAAAUGAUGAAAUUGCUAAAUUUAGCUUAGCUGUGUUUGCCUUUUUGUUGUCAGUUUAUCAAAAUAUGAUCAUUUUAUAGGAUUAGAGUGACACUUGUUCUGUUGAACUCUCAACUAAACUGACACAUGGUGGCCUGAAUACAGUUAUGAUAACGCUAAACUCCUGUUUAGACUAAGCCUUAACACCAGAAUUUACGAGAUUUAGCUCAGUUGUACACUGUAAGCUGAGAAAAACAAGUUAAAAUAAGUGACAACGCUUGCAAAACAAACUUUGUUGACUGAAAGUUUCAUCAUUAUUCUUGUCAAGUCGGUAAAUAGCCAAAGGCAGAUGUUGAACUAUGACUUUACCCAUUGGUUCGCUGAAUGUUUGGUGAGGUAUUGAUUUGAAAUAUCACUGAGAUCUCAGAGUAAUUUAUCAGACUAAGUUCUGAAGGGAAGGUUGCCUUUUGUAGUAUUAAUAAUCCAUCCAGGUCUGUGCUGAAGACUGUUAUUCACUGUGAUUCAUCACUGCAUAUUCUUUUGAGAUGAUAGUGUUAGUGAUAGAAACGCAAUAUUACGGUUUCAAAUUUGAUAUUUCAUAAUAUCAUGCAUUAGUUUUAUUGCCUGGAAGUGCCUUUUUUUAAAAGUACUUGAAAUACAAAUUACAAUCAAUUCAGCGUCAUUUGCCCUGCUCCUCAUUGACUACUGUGAUUCAAUACCAUUUUUUCUGUGAAAUAAAACAUUUUAUAACAUUAAUGUGAGGAAGAGGCAAACCUUGUCAUACUUCAUUUGAAAAUUUCAGCUUUAUCAAUAUAUUUUCACUGAUUUUUACUCAAUAUCACGUUUUGUAAAUAUAAAAAAAAGUCUCCUAGAAAUAAAAGUUUUUGGUACUAAG